AUGACGGCUGCAAUAUGGAAGAGAAUUAAUGGGCUAGUGAGUACCGGGCAGGAGGGGGAGGGAGCUGAGCAGCCAACCACAAUCCCGGUGUUCUGGGUGGGGUGUGUGUGUAUGUGUGGCAUCUUAAGCUGCGCUUGUCACUCUCAUAACUACUCUUGAGAGCCUUUGGGGGAAAGCAGGGAGGUGCCUUGGGAGCCUCCAGCCUCUGUUCAUUGGGGGGAGAGCCCAGUUGUUGAAGAUGGUGAUGAUUACCCAGGCUUGAUGGAGAGACGGUCUUUGUGGUUCUGUUUCUCUUCCUCUCUCUCUUUAAUUGUUGUUUAAAUCAUGUUAACUCCUGUUGUUCGGCUGGAACUCUUUACCUUCCCAUAAGUGAUAUUUGAAGCUUUUACUUGAAAGCCCAGUAAAAACAGAGUCAUCUUUUUCUCCCUCUCUUGCGUUUAUUUUUUUGGAUCUGCUAUUAGGCAGGGCUGUUUGCGCUUGGAGGCAGGUUUUCUGCUGGGAAAGUCAUUUGUUUAAGCACGGUUAUGCAGCCCUUUGAGGAGUAGUGAACAUGUAUCCAACUUGGCUUUGUUUUCUUUCUUUUCCCGUUCAAGAAAACAUGCCAAUUUUACAGUGCUUUAUUCAGAACCUGAAAUUUGGAGUGUGACUUGCAAGUUUUGAAACACUAGUGAAUAUUCCCGUGGCAAAAGAGGGGUGUAAACAAGUGGACAGGGACCGUAGUGGUGUUUGGAGGGGUGGGGGCACACCUGCAUGUCAUAAAUGGUGGGGACAGGUAGCAAUGGGCACAGAAACUCUGCUUCUGAACAUUGCGGGGGUUUGGGGGCUGUUGUUGACACUCUUUGUUUUCAGGUAUCUCUGAACAUUGAGGACUACAAACUUGGUGCUUUUGUUUGUUUGCAAAAGCGUUAAAAUUGACAAUCAAUUGAAACUGGGGAUCUCAGGAGUCAAUACUCCUGGGCAGAAUUGUAGAAUACAGACUUGUUGGGUGAAAAACUUGAAUGAACCCUGGAAUCUUGUACACAGAUCUCUAAAUCAAGAAGCUGGAGCCGUCUAAUGUGUGUGUCUGGGCAGUCCUGCUAUUAAUGGUUCCUUUUAUACCUCAGCUAUUUUUAUUGAUGGCAUGUGCACUACAGCCCGGCCAGCAAAACAGAGGUGCCUGGGGUUUAUUUUGGUGUCAUUGAAUAAUCUUCAAACAUUUCAUCGCCCAUUUCCUCCUUGGCAUAGUAGAAAACUUUGACAAGUGGGGGGAGCAGAAGUACUCUUGUUUAAUUUUUUUUUUAAAAAAGAAUGUUCUGAGGUAUCUCUGGACCACUGGUGAUUCCUGAAAUGGCUCCAUUAGCUGGCAGGAGGUCUUGUUAGAAAGCUCCCAGCUUGCUUGAUUUCUUUUUUAAAUUGUGUUCCUAGUCCUCAGGGUUUCAAGCACAUAUUUGUCUCAGAAUGCCAAAAGGUCACAAAUAUGGAACCAAAUGCAAAGGAAGCCCAAAUUGCUACAUUUUUAAAAUGAACACCUUUUAAUUUACAAAACCGGUGUUGUUUGUCUUCAACAUUACUGAGAAGUAUGCCAGAAUUCCCUGUUUAGAGAUGGGAACUGAGGCUGUGACUUGAGCGUAUGUUUCCACGCGUAAGGUCCCCAGGAGCAGUCUCUAGAUACAGCUGGGAAACACUCCUUGCCUGAAAACCUGGAGGGCUGCUGCCAGUUAGUGUAGACAAUACUGAGCUAGACAGACCAGUGGCCUGACUCUGUAUAAGGCAGCUUUCUUGGUCCAACUCAUUGGUUGCACCACACACUCUUGUUCAUGGAUGUUUUGGCACUUGGGAUUUCUGAUUCUCUGACAAGGUUUUUUAAAAAAAUUAUUUAAGAGCUCAAAUUCUUCCACAUUUUAGUGCACAUCUUUAAGAAGAGAAUUUAUUCAGAGGGCUCGAACAAUUUGCUCAUGUUAGAAAUCUGAAUUGUAAAUUCAGAUGCUCUUAAAUAUUAGUGGGAUCCCUGUCUUACCUUGUACGUGAGUGGCGAAUACAGCACAACUCAUUGGCCUGUGUAUCAUAAGCAAAUUACCUUUUUAUGUCUGGCUACCUGGUUGUUACUUUCGUUUCAGCGUUUAAGCCUUUGAUUCAGGAACUCUUCAUGACUUCCUGUCUGGUGUAUGCUUUUCUGCAUUAAAAACAAACAAACUUCGAAGUGUCACAAGGUCCCAGAAACUGCAUGCUAUCUGCCCAGAAAGUUUGGAAAUACUCCUCAGGUACUUAUUUACGUUCCUUUAUCAUUUGCUAUAGGGAACAACAUAUCCCAUUGGCUCAGUGAUGGAACAUGUUUGCAGUGUUAGAAACUGAGAUAUGAAAGCUAGGAGCUAAAUAGCACCUUAGACCUAGGUUAUGGGCGCUACAAUGGAAUGUCUAGGAACACUUUUUUCCUUCCACUCUGCAGUUUUAAUCUGAUAUCUUAGGCACAGUACUGUGCCCAGAGCUCAGAAACUGCGUGCGCUAAUGAAAUUCCCUGUCGCAAAAUGCACUUAGAACAAUGGGAAUUUCAAACACGGCAUGUUUGUCACAUGCAAAAGAUCCCAGUCCAAUCUCCAGCAUCUUUGGUAAGACUGGGAAAUGGCUCUUGCCUUGAACCCUGGAGAGUCACUGCCAGUCAUUGUAAACUAGGCAGUGCUGAGCUAGAUGGACCAAUGAACUCUCUGUAAGGUACUUUCCUAUGUUCCAGGUCAUAUUUUGAUACUGAUCUUGGAUGUGUUAUAGCCGUGUACUGCUGUUUGCCAUCCUCAUGUUAAAUGUGGUUGAAAGUGGCAGUAUUCAUAUGAACAUAAGAAGAGCCUGCUCAAAUAUGGCCAGUGGCCCAUCUGGUCCAGUAUCCUGUUCCCACAGUGGCCAACCAGAUGCCUAUGGGAAACCCGCAAACAGGAUCCGAGCAUGAAAGCACUCUCCUCUCCUGCUGUUUCCAGCAACUGCCUCCAACCAUGGAAGCAGAGCAUAGUCAUCAUGGCUAGUAGCCAUCAGUAGCCUUCUGCAUAAUACUGUGCAUCCUCAGUGAGAAAAUCAGGAAUAGAUGGUCAACUCCUUUGAAAGACAGCAUGUCCACCAUUGCAGGAGUCCAGCAGCAGUGGCUGCGUUCUCAUGUAACCAUGGCUUGGUGGCGCUACAUGGAUGAGCUCAAGCAAAGCAUUGGGCUUGUGUGUUGCCUCCUUCAGGAGGAGGAUUUCUGCUGAGUUUUGUUUUUCUUUUUAUUGGUGUCAUGUAAAGACUAUUGAUGUCAUGUUUGGUUCCAAGGUUUAAAGCAGAGGUCAGCAAGGUUUAUCUUACCUGGGCCGGUUCGGUCCCACGGAGAUCCCUCCUUUGUUGGAUCGCUUCCGCCCGCAAUUUUCGGCGUCUGUGCAGAUGUGAUUUUUAGCAUCUGCACAUGUGAAGACGUGAUUUUCAGUGCUGCAUAAGCGAGUCCCCGCGCUGCGCCUGUUUAGCACAGCGUGAGAGCUGGCAGCUGAGUUCAGAGGUGGCUCAUGGGCCGGUCAAACGACCUCCGCGGACUUCUGACCCAUGUGCCCUAGGUUGCUGACCCCUGGUUUAAAGCAAACACCAGUAAGCUUUUUUUCUAUAACAAGCCAACUUCAAACCAUGGGUUAUGAAGCUGGUUUGGGUUUUAAAUUCCUGGUACAAAGAUAAGGCCAAGCUUGAGGUUCUUUAAAAACUGAAAGGAAACUCAGCAGAAGUCUUCCAGCCAUCUGAGAGGAGGCAAGGAGUACUCUGGGGCUAUGCAUUGCUUGUGUUAGUUGAGUCUCAUCUACAUAACCCUAAACCUUGGUCUAGGGUUGCGUGCAAACCUGGGUUGUAUAGGAGCUGGGUGUUCAGUCAAGGAUUGUACAAGGAGGCCCCACAUGAAGGGAGUGGAAUGCCAUAGAGCAUGCCCCAGAAUCUUCUGCUGCUCUGUGCAGAGGUGUGUGUUUCCAGAUUGCCUGGUGCAGAAAAGGUAAGAAUUUCUUGAAAACUGGUGGAAUAGAGCUGUUCUCUCUCACGAAUGCUUCACAUCAGCUGCUGUGACGCUGUCAUGCUUGACCGAGAAGGAAGGAGCCCAUCUGUAUACCCUUGAGGGCAUAGGAGUGGUGUGUUUGCGUGAGAGUUAAACUGAAGUUUGAUCUGCCCAUGCUCAUCGCCCGUAUAAGGUUGGGGGGGCUGGACAUUUUUUUCCUCCUGGCAGCCUUCCAGGGAGCAGUUUGAAAUGGAGUUGAAGAGGACAAUAUGGCUGAGCCUAGAAGGAAGGACGUGUGUGACCAUUUGGGAUGGAAAGGACAGUUGAUGGCACAUAGGGUGAAGUGGAAAUGGUAGCUGUGAGAGAGGGGAAGCAAUGAGCUGUGCAGACUACUGAAGGCAGAGACCAGGGUUGGAAGCUUUCCAGGCUCAUGGUUGCCUGGGCAUCUAAAAGAAAUUGUUGCUGGCACUUAAAAAUUUGAAAUAUUCAUGUGGGGCUGACGAUGUUUUCUCCAUAACCACAAGUGCCAGGGAUGUCCUCCUUAAAAGAGAGUCGAAUGGCAUUAGCUUUUAUUUUAUUUUUAGUGGAGAAAUCAUGAGUGGGUUAAUUCUGAAGCCUCUUGAGUUCUCUCUAUUGCUUGGCUAGCAUUCUUUACUCCCGACCACAUUAUCUCCAGUGACAUGUUUUGCUUCUCAACAACUUUUGCUGCUGCUGUUAGUAGGGACUCGAAGGUCACAGGCUCAUGCGGCAGUGUCAUAUUCUGUGAUGACCAUGAUGUGGUGGUGAAAAUAUGGGUAUUUCAUAUAAGAUGGAGUUUAAGGAAGGGUCAUGGCUCAUUUUACAUCACCUACCCAGAUCCCUCCCAAGUGAGGUUUUUUUGGCACCCCUUUGCCUUGUAAACAAGUUGCCCCAGAGCAUGCUCACUCUGGCUCAUGAGUGGCUCUUAUCUUUAAGUAGAGUACUGGUGUCAGACUUUGAGAUACUGCAAAUCUUUUGGCCAGUUAAAGGCGUCCUAGCGGAAGGCUGGAGAUUGUUGCCGAAAUGUGACUGAAUAGCACAGAUGACUUUGGGGCUGUGAUCAGUGUAGAUGAGAGGCCUUAUCUGCUGAAGUUAGUGAAUGCAUAUUUGAUAUAACUUUUAAUAAUAUGUGUAUGUGUGUUGCUGUAGUGGGUUGUGUGUGAAUACCUUUUUUAAAAAAGCAUCACAUACCUGAUGAAACCUGUUUCUCAUCCCAUUGGUGGGACUGAGAGCUAGCAGCUUCCCAAGCUGCCUAAUUUAUUUAUGUCAGAGGAUGGAUUUGAACACAGGAUGCUCUGGCUUAGAUUCUUAGAUGCUGCCCUGUGCUGGUAACAAAAAGCAGUGCUACCAGUUGAAAACCUCAGUGGUACACAGCCUGUCUCAUUUCCUUGUGUCUCGUUGGUACUAAUUACUGUGCAGGCACCUUCUAGCAGAGCACCUUGUUGCUCCUGUUCUGUGCAGCAUGGAAAAGCACUUGUCGUGUGUCCCAGAUACCAUGGUGUGUGUGUUUGUGUCCAUGUCCGGAUGGCAGAUGGGGCAGUUGUGGUUCCAUGCCUUGGAGCGUUGAUGGGGAAUAAUGAGGCUGCUUUUCCUGAGAGCUAUAAACAACUGGAAGCCACUGAAUCUAUUCUCUGGCACACCCUGCUGCGUGACUCUCUUUUUUGGACUUGGAUUUAUUUUUUAUUUUUAUUUUUUUGGCCUGCUUCCUAAUUGUGCUUGGCUCUGUGGAGAGUCCCUGGAAUUGCAGCAUAAACCCUGCUUGGCUUGGCUUCGCAGUGAGAUGGUGAGCAGAGAUACUUUUGGAGCAUCCCAAGGUAUGUGGUGUCUGCAGUGCACCAAAUAUGUUUCUGUCUGCAAGAUGCAUUUGCAUUAUCAUGAAACUGCUAGGAGGCACAGCUGGGUAAGGCUGGGCAUGUGCUCCAAGGUUAGCUCAGACUUAAUGAAACUGUGGUCCAUCUAGUCUAGCAUUGUCUCCUUUGACUGGCAGCAGCUGUACAACAUAUCAGGUGGGGGGUCUUCUUCGUUACCUGCUACCCGACCCAUUUCAGUGGAAUUGCUAGAGAGUGACCCUGUGUCCAUACAUGCUAGAAGUCAUGUGCCACUGAGCCAUGGUGUUAUGGAAGUUACUAGGAGUUUCCAAGAGCAACUAUUUUAGGGUUCUAUCCUUUGUUCUGGUACUCAAGAGCUGAAGGUGCUAAAAACCCAGAGUUUAGUAGGCAGAUGAUGCCUGCCUUAAGAGACAGAGAGACUCUGACUCCUAACAGUUUUGUAACUGCAAUUGUACUUCAAGUCUCUUCCUGGAGAAUUCCACCAUCCAUUUUUAAAGAUGCACGUUAAUCAUUGUCAUUGCAACAGAGAAGGUGAAAUCAGCCGUUUGAGAGGAACUGGAAAGAGCUGCUUUUUGGGUAUCAUGAGGGCGGUUGCCCUUCACAGACAGUCAUUGCUCCCCAUUGAUUUCAGGGCCCAGUUCUUCUGCCAGUACUCUUUCCUUCUAAGUACACUGUUGAGCACUUAGAGAGAACAGCUUAAGCCAGCUUUGGAGUGAUAGUCUCACUUGAGCUGUCUUCUGUCUAACCAGCUGAAUUUGAUUUUCAUCAGGUCAAUUAGUACAAUUUCAUUGUUGAUCUCAAUAUUGUCUCACUGGUAAUCAUUUGGAACCUAGAUUAUUGGAUUGCUGGGUUCCUUUCUGGGCUACAAGGGUGUCUGCUUGAAUUUCACUGUGUGUCUGCCUUGCUUUCAUGCUGUUUGGUUGUUCUAUUCUGCAACAUUUAAUUUUUAGCUCAAUAGCGUCUCCUUGAUUGUCCCACAUUCAAACAACAAGGGCACAUUGAGAGGCAAAGUUGGUGGGCCACAGCUAUGACUGUAGAACCUUCUCCUUCUACAAGCCUGCCUAUAAAUACUUUCCAGAACAGCUAUGCAGCUUUCUUAUUUGGGCUGGCAUUAAACAGUCAGCAGUAAGCAGGUAUGGACUAAGUUUAAUGAGGUGGUCUGUAUAGUCUGGCUCUUUUUAUUACUGUUGUAACUUGCCCCAGCCCUUGGGAAAUUGUAAGAUGGAAUUUGGGACAGAAUAAAUAAACAUUUACAAGCAAAUUCUGUUUAGGACAGGAGUGGGAAACCUGUGGCCCUUCAGAUGUUUCUAGACUUAAGCUCCCGUCCGUCCCAGACAGCCAACUGUCGGGGAUGAUGGGACUUGUAGUCCAGCAAGAUCUGGAAGGCCACAGGUUCCCUGUCCCUGCUUUACAGGCACAAACGACUGACACACAUGUAUGGACAAGCACUCUACUGAAAAUGUGUGGACUAAUCACUUUUGCAGACCUGUUUGCAAGGCUAGUUACUUUUAGCAGCCCACAGCAUCCAUGGAGGUGCCAGAAAGAGAGAGAAAGUCAGAUUUGCUGCUGUCUCUGUUUGCUGCGAUCCAAGGAAGAACUGCAGAGCUGGCAAGCAGCCUGGUGUGCAGUUAAUCUUGUGGCGCAUACGAAGUUGUCCAUGUCUCCCCCACCCCCCUCUUUCUUCUCAGUUAAUUUCUACAGUACUGGGGUCUUGCCAGCUUAAACGUAGAACCACUUAACCACAGAAAUAACAGUGUGCACAGCUAUAAAUAUGAUGGCUUGAACUGGUGCCUAGUUGGGCUCCCCCCUGCCCCCAGCUUAGAAGCAUUCAUUCCUUUUGGCCUUGUGUGAAAACACCAGAGGUCUCUAGGCCUGUACCCAAACAAAGGGGUUGAGCCGUACGGGCAUAUUGCCAGGCUACUGGUGAUGGGGGAAUAAAGUCACAACGCCAACAGUUUUUGGGUCAAAAAAAGGGCAGCAGGAGUGUCCUGAAGGACAGCAAAGCCUGGGAACAACUUACCCAAAAAUAUCAGGAGCCAUCUGUAAAAUUCCAACCAGAAUGCUUUCAGGCAUUUGUUAUAUAGCACACAUCAAAUCCUCAGAGCACUUAAUAUGUUUCUCAGUGAUCCUUUCAGCACUAGAGCAGUUUUAAUAUUUGGGGUGGGCCUUAGCUCUGUGGUAGACUUUACCUGCUUUAAACAUGGGACAUUUGGCACACAGGUUCUCAUACUUUUGGUAGGAUUGGGGGCCAGUUUAUGCAGAUAGAAUGAGCAACCAGUGAUCUAACUUGAUUUAAUAAAGCUUCUCAUGCACCAGUAUAUUGCAUAUAUACCAUAUGUAAUACAGUUGGAGGGCUGAGGCUGAGACCAUAGUUUUGAACAUAAUAACAAAUUAUGGUUUGGUGAUAUGAGAAUGAACCUGAAAAGAGCCUCAGGCUCUCACCCUCCCUUCUCCCUUUGCCUGCUCUCAUUCAUUUUUGCUUAAUCUUCAAACCACAAUUUGCUGUUGUGUUCAAACUGAUAAACUCUGGUUUGUGCUUGUGUUGCAAACCAGGGUUUGAAUCCUGACCUUCAGGGCAAACGCAAGCUGUAGUUUGCUGGUUUGGCUAUAACAGCAUACUCUGACGUAGCUGUAACUGGGAAGGAACUGUUUAAGCAAUCCUGAGGCUCCUCCCAGGCUUGUUUUCAUAGUAGCACCAAACUGGUUUGGCAUUACCUCUAAAUUGAGCCAAUGAUUCUGUGGACAAGUGAGGUUUUCACACAGGGACUUCCUGCCCCUUGCUCUAAACUGCAACACAGUUUCUCAGGUGUGUGUGUGUGUUUGUGUUUGUUUGUUUUAGGAAACUCCCAGCUUGGAUGUCCUGGUGUUGCUUUUGAGUUCAGUUAUAGGCUUGAAUCUUCCCAUGUUGAUGUGGAGAUGCUACUGCCUUUGAAGCUCUCUCUGGGGGGGGGGGUAAUUGUGCACAAAGGAGUGGAAGAGGGCUUUGCACAAAUAGGGAGUUGCCACUCUGGUGGGGAGUGGUGGGGAGGAUAUCUUUGCUGCUUAUCCUCUGGCAGCAGAGCCCUGGGCGAGGAGGUACUGAUUAUGCAGGGUGAGUCAACAGAGAUUCCAGACAGUUGUCUCUGCUUAACCUGCCCUCCCUGAGGUAACCUGUCCUUAUGAAUUCUGUAUCCUGCAGCCAGAUUUCACUCAGAGGUGUUAUAUUUUUAUUUUAGAGGUUCCCUUCCCGUCCCCUCUAGGAACUGACUAGCCUAAGAGUGGAUGCCAUCUUCAAAACAUAUGCAAAAAAAAAUAAAUCCUCACGUGUGCGUGCGCAUAUGUGUGUGGAUUGGGGGGGUGUUGCCUGUUUUCGAACUACAACCUGUUCUCAGAAAAGUAGGUGCAAGUUAGCUGAAGGGGGAUCAAGCUCUUUAUUCGGCUGUGGUAGUUAGUACAGCAGAGUGCUUAAAUGGUGUUUAAUCCACAUUACCUGGCCUUGAAUAUGUUCCAUGGUUGGGACAUAGAAAAUGAAUGGGUGGAGAUCAGGGAGUUGGAGCUGUAUGACUCCGGAGAGGGUCCUAGAGAACUGGGGGAGAAGAGCUGGGACCCCAUAAAGUGUUCCGCCCGGGGAAGCCUCCAGUGGGCUGGAAGGGGAAGAGUUGGAUCCUGGGGAGGGACCGAACACACUGUUAGAAGAGUGUUCUGCCCACAAGACUCUGGAUAUCCCAAGUCUAAUGCCUCCUACAAAGGAGCCGCCUCCAGCCAUUGAGGACAUCCUCCUUUCUGGGAACGCAUCUGAGAGUCUAAUGCCAAGCUGGCUCUCUCUCUGCCCCCAUCUUCAAGGACUGGCAGUGUCAUUGCAAACAAGCUUUGCAAAGCCAGCCUACUGGAAGGAGAGCCUGUUUGAUUCCUGCGUUGCAGGUGGUUGGACUAGAUGACCCUUGUGGUCCCUUCCAACUUUACAAUUCUAUGAUUGCCUAGUGCCAAGACUUAUAUUUGCUUGUUAGAGAAAUGUUUUGACUUGUGCUUAGUCAAGUAUUCCAGUCUCUGAUUUACCUGCUGAACUCAUGCUUUGUAACCUUACUUCAGUUCAUUACUCUGUCCUUAGCAGGAAUAGUGUCAAGAGAUAUCAUUCUUUGCCCUGCCAUGAGAGUCUGGGCAUUUGCUUUAUUUGGAGCAUUAAAAAACCCCCACAAAUGUAUCCCUCCUCUCAUUUAUCCAAAGUGAAUGUGAAGUGGCUUAAAAUUCAUAGUGACAUGAUAAAUAACAGUAAUACAACAGCAAUGGCACUAGAACGGAUAACCUUCUUUUCAGUAGAAACCAAAAAACAUGGCUACAGUCUCAGGAACAGCAACCAGCAGCAAUUGAAUUCUUGGUAAGAAAAGAGAGCUUGCUACAUGCUCUUUUUGCAUGAGAGGGGUUGUUUGGCCAAACUUCUUCUGUAAGAGAGGCCAAUGUCAGGACUUGGAUCAGUUGGUGCGACUACUGAGAAGGUCCCACACAGGUGAGUGCCUGCUGACCUUUAUUUGGUAAUGACACCUUGGGUGUGGGAUGGAGCACACAGAGGGACACACCCAGAACAAGGUUAUCCUUAAGCUCCAGCUUAGUGGUAGAGCAUCUGUUUUGCAUAUAGAAGGUCUCAGGUUCAAUUCCCAGUGGCAAAUCUAGGUAGGGCUGGGAAAGACUGCUGGUAUAAGGAACCUUCCUAUGGCCAUAGCCGUGGGUUUUGCAGAGGAAUUUGCAAGUAUGGGAGGUGGGCAGCCAGGGAAUAUGGGCAACAGCAAUUCAAAGAGCAGAAUUUCUUUUGUGGUUCUGAUUAACACCAUGCUGAUUUUUUUUUUAAUUUAAAUCAGGCUGUUUCUUUAUUGUUUCGUUGGUGGCAUUAUAGACUUUAUUUCAAUGUAUGUGGUGGUGGUUCAGUGUGUAGGCCGCUUCCGGCAUGGAUAUAUGUGGUGCAGAAUGCAGCAUAUUAAUAAAAUAAAAAGAGCAAGGUGGUGAUUUGGAUUGUGUUCCCUGGCCUUGACUCUUGCUUGGACCUAUUAAUGAAAGAAGAGCAGCACGUUCAGGGAGGUGAAGGGAGAGGGAGGAAUUCCCUUUCUUCUAAAGCAGGCAUAGGCAAACUCUGUCCUCCAGCUGUUUUGGGACUACAACUCCCACCAUCCCUAGCUAACAGGACCAGUGGUCAGGGAUGAUGGGAACUGUAGUCUCAAAAACAUAUGGAGGGCCGAGUUUGCCUAUGCCUGUUCUAAAGGCAGCAAAGCUGGAUAGAAUCAAACUGCUCUCAGAAGCAACCUUCCUGCUUCCCACCAAAUCAGUCUUCUUGUCAUCUGUGUUGCUGAUGUGCUGACUUCCCCCCUCUCCACCCCUCACCGCCUCCUGUCUCUCUUCCUCAUCAGGAGUGUAUCCCUCUGGGCUUCACGUGAGCCAUGUGGAUGAAGGAGAAGUGCUCCACUCACUCUGUGGGUGCUACAAAGAAUUGCUGCUUAAUGUGGGGGGGGGGGAAUCCCAGUGGGAGGGAAAAUGGAGCUUACCAGAGGAAGCUUAUAGCUAACCACAGAAGUGGAAGGUUGUUUUGGAGGGGAUGGGGGUGGAGAUAAUAGAGAGGGAGAACAUAUGCCAAAUGCUAGGAUGAGUGCCGAAUAAAAGUUCAUAUUCUUAGCUGCCUAUUUUUAGCUUUUCUUGUCAGAUGCAGAUGGGGGCAGUUUGCGUCAAUUUUUCCAGUACGGAAGGACCUCCAUUUUCUGGACUUGGAUUUACCUGCUUUUGGUCACAUUAAGUUUAUUCAUUUCUCUUCCUCCAGCCAUUUAAGGGAGGAGGUCGGAUUUCAUUUUGUUUUAUUCCUUGCAUUUUUUAUCCUGCCUUUCUCUCCAAGGUGUUAAUGGUGGCAUAAAUGGCCUUCCUUUUAUCCUCCCAACAGCUCUAUGAAGGAGGUUAAGUGUUUUUGCCCCACCUCUGCAAAUAUUCUCAUCAGAUCAUUUUUGCCUGUCUUGUAGGUUGUGCCUCUUGUCAUUCAAGAGUUUAUGGAUUUGCUUCCAUUUUGGAGAGAUGCAUAUGUUAGCACAGCCUUCUCCACCUCAGUGCCCUUCAGAUUAUUUUAGACUAUGAUUUCCACCAUCCUUUUAAAUAUGUAAACUGCCCUGAGAUGUAUGGAUGAAGGGCGGUAUACAGAUUUUAACAACAACAACAAUCCCUGAACAUUGGCUAUGCUGGCUUCAGGUGAUGGGCUAUCCAAAAUAUCUGGAGGGCACCUGGUUGGGAAAGGUUAAAUUAGUGUUUCUUGGAUACUAUUUACAUGAAAAUAUUCCAAUAUUAAGCAUACGAUUUGGAGAACUUUUCCUGGGUCACCUUUUGUUGAACUGACACAAGCUCACUUUGAUAAUCUUUACCCAUCACCAUCUGACUUAGCUGUGAAGGUGAGGUUUGCUUAUGAUAAAGCUUCCUUCCACUCCCACAGUGAGUGUCUUUGCUUGCCUGCUUUCCUAUUUAAAACAGUAAUUGGGGGCCAUGGACAAAAAGGCAGGCAAAAUAAUGCACAUUUUAGCCAUGUUGCUCCUUUUCCUUAUCGGAAAACAUCUCAAAUACACAAGACAUCACAACUAGCUUAGGGAAACUAAUGUGUGACUUGGGGGCAUUACUCAUCAAAUCUGCUACAGUAGAUGACAAAAAAGGGAUCUUUUCAGUUGACUGGUAUGCAGGAGCCUUUCCUGGGAAUAUUUUAGUGCUUUGGUAAUGCCCAUUGAAGGUGGUGAGCAGAAGGAAGCCUUCAGCUUUGUCUCUCCAAUCCUAAAGUGGCUUUGUUUUUUCUGGGUGGUCACUGCGCUCACCUUUCUAGAAUAGCCUUCCACAAGAACAUGCUCACUUAUUUAGGUUGAGAGAGUUGGCAUCUGGAUGGUAGGCUUAGGUAUACUUUCAAAUCUCAGGGCUGUUCUGUGCCUCAACUGGGGCACAGGUUACCCACAUGCAGCACAGGCUUCAGAGACCAGUACCAUCCCAGCCUGCGUCUCCCAUGCCAUGCUAAUACUUGCUCCCUGGCUCAUACAGUGGUACCUCGGGUUAAGCACUUAAUUCAUUCCGGAGGUCCAUUCUUAACCUGAAACUGUUCUUAACCUGAAGCACUACUUUAGCUAAUGGGGCCGCCGCGGCGCCGCUGGAGCACGAUUUCUGUUCUCAUCCUGAAGCAAAGUUCUUAACCCGAGGUACUAUUUCUGGGUUAGCGGAGUCUGUAACCUGAAGCAUAUGUAACCUGAAGCGUAUGUAACCCGAGUUACCACUGUAUAAGAGAAAUCGCCCAUGUGAACUGAGAAUGCAAGACAAGCCCACUGUAAUGUGGGUGUCCAAGCUGUGGAAUCUUCUGCUGUGUGGGAGAUUCUGUCAGCCACUGCUCUCUAUGGCCAUAGCCACCAAUGAAAACUAAUUUAUUUGGACACAUUGUUGCAUUGGGUGUUCUUUCUGUUUAUGGUUGUUGCUGCUGUUUUAUUUUCAUGAUGGCCGUUUUUUGUUUGAUUAUGCUUUGCUCAUCUUGAGGGAUCCUGUUUUAGGACUGAAAGGUGGGACAUAGUUGAAUAAAAGUACACCAAGGCUCUGGGCCCAUGAAGGCUGAAUGUGUAUAACACUUGGCUUCCUGGGACACCUGAACCCGGGAUCCUGGUUAGUUAAGCCAAAAUUCAUAAGCCAGCAAGAAACCACAGUUUAAGGCUGUCUAGCAAUCCUGGCAACAAACCAGGAUCCUGGAUUCAGAUGUCAUGGGAAGCCAAGCUUAAUUGUGACCUCUUGCUUUGAUUUGGUGAAAAGCGGUGGCUCAGUGGUAUAACAUCUGCUUUGGAUACAGAAGGUCCCAGGUUCAGUUUGCAGUGGCAUCUCUCAGUUGGGCUGGGAAUGCUCCCUGUCUGAAAUCCUUGAGAGUCAUUGCCGGCCAGUGUAGACAAUACCGAGCUAGAUGGACCAUGACUCAGUAUAAGGCAGCUUCUUGUGUUCCCACUCGUGCUAGGGGAGGAGUGAAGCAGGAACAGAAGAGCAUUGUGCAUCAGUGCACUGCUUGUCCACAACAAACAUUGAUCAGCCAGCAUCCCGGGCUUGUUGUGAUAUGUUAACCCAGCCAUUGUCUCAUGUCGUACUUGGCCAGUGGGGGACAUACUUCUUUGAACAGGUCUUGUCUUCUCUCCCCCGCUCUCCAUUUUUAAAAAAUUAAAUGAUGUAUAUAUUGAUUUAUUUUAUUUGAAAGAAAAAAGUACAUACCAAAAAAAUCUCACGCAGCAGAGAAGCAGCAGAUAAAAUACAAGUGUGUACACAAAGCAUCACAGCAUCUUAUUCCUGCUCUAAUAUCACUGAUAUGCUGUCAUACCACCAUGAAUGCAAUAUAACUUUAGACCUGAUUUUAACUUUUAGCUGUUUUGUUAGUAACAACAAAAAAAUCAUAUCAAUUACUGUCACAUUCUCAACCAGUUUCACUUUAUCCUCUGUACUUCAUAGUAAAUACGUGAAUUUCAAAUAAGUUAAGCUCUCAUUGUUGAAUUGGUAGAGCCUUAGCUUCCUUUAAGUGUUGAGCAAUUAAGAUUCUAGCCGCAGCAAGAAAAUAACUUAUAUUUGGGUUCCCAUUGGUAAAAUGGAAAACAUAAUUUUCUUCUUUAAAGCAUUGUCAGAAAGAUAGAAUAAGCAAGGAGAUGUGUUUUCGCUUAGGAAAGAAGGUGAAUUGUGAAAGGAAACUGUACCAGUGGUUCUUAGUGCUCUCUGGUGAUCAUUAUGUUGUCAAAGGGGUGGGAUUCCUGCAUGAUUUUUCCUUUGCAAUUAGAAUGAGCUCUGAAACAGGACAGCAUUUUAGUAUGAAGUUCGGAAUGCCAAUCCAUUGAUCAGACAAAAAACUGUUAAUCAGUUACUUCAAAUAUUCCACACAGGAAUAUAAGAAGCUACCUUAAACAGACUCACCACUCAGCUUAGUAUUGCCUGCAGUGACUAUAGUUGCUCCCCAAGGUUUCAUGUGUUUCACCCUAGGGAGGCUUAACUGUGAGUCACAGGACUUUAGAGUCUAUGGUAUUUAUUUAUUUAUUUAGAAUAUAUAGAGUUCUGUGUAUAGACAAAAAUACCUAAGUGGUUUACAAAAAUUGUAAAAUGCCAUAAAUACAACAAAAUAAUUAAAAACUGAAUCAGAAUAUAUUCUGUUUAGAAAAUUUCUCCAUGAGAGAUCAUUACCAUUAUAUGGGAAAAUCAAUCUGCUCUCGCUGGCUCUCUUACUUCAUUCUCUCCUUCACACUUUCUUUGGGGGGGGGGAUUCCCCUGGUGAAAGGUGGAAGGCGGUCCUAGCUGAGUGUUUUCCUUGACAUGCUACUUCUCUGAGUGCAGGGAUUUAUUUUAUUUUUAUACAGAAGAUUCAGUUUAUUCUGUUCUCCUUGUUUGUUUGUUCCAAACCUUUAUAUCCCACUCUUCAGCCUGGAAGGCUCCCAGAGUGGCUUAUAUAUCAAUAAAAAUAACAUUGUUCCUGCCCUUAAGCAUAUAGUCUAGAAACACACCACACAAAAGGAAAAGGGGAUGAGAAGGAAAGAGGAGAACAAGAUUGCUGAGGCACCAAGUUCUUACUGUUAUAAGGCUCUUAUAAUAGCCAGCUGGGAGAGAGAGGGUCUUCUCACCAUUCAAAAGCAGUCCUUGUUGGGCUCCUGAGAAGCAGCCUGGUGAGCCAGCCUUUAUGUAAGUGGCUGUAGUGUAGACAAGUUGUUGGCCUUAUAGGGUGAAACCUUGCUGGAAUCUGCCAGCUUCUUGUCUCACCUGCAGUUCUGAAGUGGUACAGCCCAGAGACAGGUUGAUUGUCUCUUCCCCACUCCCUGCAGAGUGGAUUCAUACCAAAAAUGGAUAGUAUUCUUGGUUGACCUCUGUAACUUGCAACACUCCCAAGCUGAAUGCAGCCCACCAGGAGCUUGAUAACACCUCUUUUAGCUGCCUGCCAAGCUCUACAAGCACAAAGCACUGUCAAGCACACAGACGUGGCUGCAUUCAGUUUGAUAAGUCAUAGUUGUAUAAGCCUGGCUUAAGGAUUCCUCUUCUUUCUUUGCAGACAUCCACCCCCCUCUCAGAUCCCCUGCUCAUGUUGCUUAAUAUUUAAGUUGCUCACAGACAGGGAUCUAAGUGUUUUGCCUUGGAAAAUCCCAAAUGAUGUAGCAUGGAAUCCCCUGUGAUUCAAACACAGUCCUUUAUUAAGCAAAAUAGGGAACUGAUGCUGCUGUUCUUAAACUGAUGACGUGGAGCGUUUACCCAGAGGGUUUUAGGCCCCUUUGGAACCUUUCCAUAUUAGGCAGUGAGGGGGGAAAGGGAGAGGGUGUCAAAGAGUUCAGUAGCUAGGCUUUAGAACAGGCAUAGGCAAACUCCGACCCUCCAGAUGUUUGGGACUACAAUUCCCAUCAUCCCUGAUAACUGGUCCUGUUACCUAGGGAUGAUGGGAAUUGUAGCCCCAAUCAUCUGGAGGGCCAGAGUUUGCCUGUGCCUGCUUUAGAACAUAGGAUAGGCAACAGGCUGCCUUGCACAGAGUCAGAACAUCGGUCCAUCUAGCUCAGUGUUGCCUCACUCUCCAUGAUUUCAGGCAAGAGUCUUUUCCAAGCCUACCUGGAGAUGCCGGGGAUUGAACCUGGGUAAAGGUAAAGGACCCCUGGACUGUUAAGUCAAGUCAAAGAUGACUAUGGCAUUGCGGCAGUCACCAUUUGCUUGCAAGGCAUAGGCUCUGCCACUGAGCUAUUGCCCUUCUGCUAGUUUAUGGGGCUGGAAGAUGGAGCAUAGUGAUUUCACACAGUGCUCAUAGUCUCCUGCCAUUUGAGGCAAUGUUGACUUACCAGAGCAAUCCACUUAGUUACUUCUGAAGUGAUUAUUCAGGGGAUACAACACUGCCUAUACUAUUUACAUGCAUAAUACACAGGUUGCUUUCCAGCAAGAAUAUCAGGUUGAGUGGAUUUAUCGUUGGCAUUGCAAAUUUUGUCCUCCAUGUUCCAUACCAGCCCUUACUGACUACUCUCUACAUCAGGGCGGCACAGCUUUUCAUAGCAAGUGGGCUGCAAGAAUACUUUGACAGGAAACCCACAGGAGGUGUGAGGCUCUGGCAUGGUCCUAGAGCCCUCCUACCUCCUUCCCAAAGCUGGGAAAGUGCUAACUAGGUUUUGGGAAGGAGGCAGGAUGUCAUGGGCUGGCUGGAUGCAGGGGAGUGAUGGGAGGCAUCAAUUGGGGACCCCCAAGGGAAGAAGGCUCAGAGCCAGGGAAUUGGUGGUGGGACGAAGAUGAGUGGACAGAGGGAGAAGAGUUUCAAAGACUUGCAGCCAACUAAGCCUUUCUCAGAGUAGGCCCAAUGAAGUUAGUCAUAGCCAUUAAUAUCAGUUGGUCUACUCUGAGUAGGACAACCCAAAGAGUCUGAUGGAAGGUGAUAUCUGAGUCCUAAUGUCUGUGCUUGCCCUGUUGUCCACUGUUGCUUGAUCCUAGUGCAUGAUUAUCUUGAACUACUGGUAUUUUCUGCCUCAGAUCAGCUGAAGCCACCUUUUGUUUUUAUAAUUGUAGGAUUAGGAAAGAGUACUAGUCCCUGUGAGUCAUGGGGAUGUUGCAAGUUGCUAUCCUCCUUGGGAAAUUAUAGUGAAAAAUCUAACUUGUAGCUACUGCCUGUUUGUGGUUUAGUUCAGAUGCUCUUCCAAACGAUUGUGAGCGUUGUGGGGCUCAGUUGCUCCUUCCUUCCCUCUUGUGUAGUUUCACUUUCUUUUUCCUGUUUAAUGAGAACCUGAUGUCCAAAUCAGCAGUUAAUGUUGCCCCUCUCCCCAACCUGAAUCAGAAACUAGGGUUUGAAAUGGGCUUCUGAUUCCACUUCGGAAGGCAAGCGUUAGCCAUGGGUGGUUGAUUUGGACGUCACAACAAGGUAGACUUUAGCACUAGUCAGAAAUUAGAGAGGGAAGCCAUUUGAGAGAAAGAGGGAACUUGGUAGUCAGUGGGUUGUUUGCCAUCUUCUAGCCACAGUUGGGAGGUUUUUCUGAAUUUAGCUUGUGUUUGAUUUACAGGAAGGUUUUGAGGCAGAACACAGGCAUUAUCUGAAAACCCAGUUCAAUAUUUAUGGAACUAGGUGGAUUUGGCAGAGAUCUGUUCUGUAACAUCCCAUUAAGCUCACUGGGUGAUUUUGAGCCAUGGUCAUUGUGAGACUAAGAAUAGGGGAGGAUCCAUAUAGGGGAAGAAGAAGCCACCUUCAACUCUUUGGAGGAAAGGCAGAAUAUAAAUGUAAUGAAUUAACAUCAGCUUCUAGUAGCAGGAAUACUAGCUUUCUGAACAACUAAGCUUACAGCAAGAAUUUUGAAAUAGUUUUUAAUUGGAAUUAAGUUGCUUUGUGCAUCACACCAGAAUUUAAGCAAUGACAAGCAAAUGUCUCCUUUUUUAAAUACAGGAAGAGAUUUGUCACAUACUGCAUUCUGUUUCAUAGUCACACAAUUGGGGCGUGUACAUCAGUAUUUUUUAAUCUGCCCACUUCAUUCCAACUUAAAAUUGUGUUGUGCUUUACACGAGUCAGUUUCUUUAACUUCUUCCUCCACCAGCCCCUGAUGAACACCAAAUGAUUGCCUUCAUCUUGUAAAGGGAAACUGGCUCUCCCAAGAAAGCUGGCCGCUUUGGCUGGGGCUUUUGCCCCAGGGUUCACAAUUGGGAAAGGCUGAGAAUAGUCAUAGGCUCACUUCCUGUGACAAGAGGAAAGCAGCACUAGCCAGAAUCAGAGUGCCUGCUGGUUUGUGACUUGAUGAAAUCACCAUCCUAAUGCAACUCUUGCAAGUACCGUGCUCUAACCCCUGCAAGACCCCAGUUCCAGUUCAGCUGCCACCCUGGAUAUGUGUGCAUUCGCAUGAUCUUGUUAGUAGUUUUAAACUUGUUUAAUGAUGGCCUUCUCUAGUGCACGGGGCUUUGUUGUCAACAGGCUAGACCUGGGGUGGGGGACCUCAGGUCUUGGGGCCAAAUGAGACCCUCCAGGCUUUACUGUCUAGCCCUUGGAACUAUUUCCAGGCCAUCCUCUGGAUUGAGGAUUCAGAGCGUGGGUGGGUGGGUGUGUAAAAACCAGCCUACUGUACAAUGCUAAAAUUCACAUAUAUUGCUGCACCCACUUCCACCCCUAGCCCUGCUCAACAUUGGCAUGUGGCCCUUGAAUGGUUGCCCAGAGGGGAAUAUGACUCCCGGGCUGCAAAAGGUUCCUCACUUCCGGGCCAGACUAAUAAACUGGCACAUGUAAGGGCAGCCAUCUGGACUUUCUGUAUAAGGAAGUGAUUUGUUUUAUUGUUGACGUUUAAGUUAAUCUGAUGCUGAAACUUAGGCUGAUUUUAAAUAUGGUACUGCAAAGGUAGCUGAGCUACAAGUGCUUGUCCUCACCCUACCCCAUCUCCUGUUGGCCUGUUAUGAAUAGGAUAGGUGGCAGCCUUUGCUGAGAAGCAGUGUUUGUGUCAGUUCACAACAGCAGCAUCACGGCAAUUUAUGUGCCCAGUAGCCUCCUGAAUCCUCCUCCAGACUGCAAGGAGGCAGUCGCCAGGUGCCUGUUCAGUUUGAGCUUGGCAUUAAAUUGGAGCCAUAAAGCUAAAAGGAGCCUUGAGUGACAAACAGGCCUCACUUCCUGUUCCUGUUUGAAAGCUGCCAUUUGGGAAGCAGGUUCAUUCUACCGUCUUAUCUCUGUAACUCCAGGGCUGGCUGUUUGACAUUAGUUGCCUUUCAGAUGGCCAUGCGCAGUAGGAAAUGAGAAAUUUGGAUCGAAAUGUUUUGGGACUCUCGUUUGGAGCUCCUUUGUGACCAUGUUGCUCAAGCACAGUGCCAGUUGUCCUUGAUGAUAUUGGGUGUGUGUGUGUGUGUGUGUGUGUGUGUCUGUCUGUCUGUCUGUGUCUGUGUCAGACAGACUCUUGUGGUCUGGCCUUGUGCCAGCUAGAACCUAGAUUGAUAAGUACUGGAGAAUAUUUUAAAAAGAAGAUACAGUCUAAUCUUCCACAGGCUAGCUUGUUAUCCCAGAUUUACAGAAGCUUGCAAAGGUGUAUUGAUGCACCUAUUGGCAGUAGAGGGAGCUAGCUUCUAAGCAGAAAGGAGAAGAAAAAAACUUGAAGAUUAGUAUGGUUCAUUGGCUAAUGCUCAAUUCCAGCUCUGCCUCACCCAGUGGGCUGGGCGAUGUUAGUCUCACAGCCACCUUUCUUCAUGUGGGAAACUUAGGUGACUUACUAAUAUGGUGUCUGUAAGCUCCUGCCAACCUAGCAGUUCGAAAGCACGUAGUAUAAAUAGGUGCAAGUAGAUAAAUAGGUACUGCUCCAGCGGGAAGGUAAACGGCAUUUCUGUGCGCUGCUCUGGUUCUCCAGAAGUGGCAUAGUCAUGCUGGCCACAUGACCCAGAAGCUGUAUAAAGCGGCCAAUAAAGCGAGAUGAGCGCUGCCACCCCAGAGUCGGCCACGACUGGACCUAAUGGUCAGGGGUCUCUUUACCUUUACCUUUAAGGAUGAUGGAAAGUUCAUGUGAUAUAUUCCUAGUCCAAGUUCCAUCUUUGAGGGCUUGCUUUGAGGGAGAUGGCAAAGCUAGAUUAGUAUUCUUGCAAGUCCUGCUCAGUACUGCCCCCUUUGCAAGUCUAGAUUUCUACCUGGCACAUCAUUGUUUUGUUAAGAACUCUGAACUUGUUCCUUUUAAUAAAAAUAUUGUUAUUUUAGCUUCAUAAUGAAGUGUUGAAUUUUCCUUUUUUAAACAAUUAAAACUGGACUUAAGAACCUAGCAGGGAUGAAUUUGGUGCACAAACAGAAGCUCCCAAUGGAUUGUAAUAUAAAAGCCCAAGAGAACAAGAAAGCAUUUGCCUGGCACCCCCAAAACUCUUGUUCUUAGGCACAAGGGGAGCCUCUUUGAGGGGGGCAUUUCCCAAGCAGAGUCCCACCACUGAAAAGGCCCUCUCCCAAGUAAUUAUUCUCAAGUUCUGGGCAGAUAUGUAUUAGGAGAAUUGUGUGCUUUUGAGGAUUAACAUGGCCAAAAUGAAAUGUAGAUUCCUCUGCUUCAGUUAUGUGGACUUUGGCUAGCAUGCAGUUGGUGGUGGUGAUCAUGAUGAAGAUGAUGGUGCAUUUGAUUUGCUGUGUUAGAUUUUUUGAUCGAAAGGUUCUCAGGGCAGGGCAACUGGUUUGCCCUUGUGCUUUUUUUUUAAAGUGCCAUCAAAGUAAUGUGCUUGAGCAUAUUUGAUUCCAUGUCAGUUGUGUUAUUUUAUUUACUUACUUUAUUUUUCAGAUUUCUGCCCUGCCCUUCCUCCCAAAGGAGCAUAGAGCAGCAACAUACUCGGGUUGAAGUAGCUUCAGGAUGAAUAUUUUUGGGUUGCGCUCCGCAGCGACCUGGAAGUAAUGGAGCGCAUUACUUCCGGGUUUCGCCGCUCACGCAUGCGCAGAUGCUCAAAAUGACGUCAUGCGCGGAAGCGGCGAAUCGUGACCCGUGGACGCAGGUUACGUUCGCUUCAGGAUGCGAAUGGGGUUCUGGAACAGAUCCUGUUUGCAUCCUGAGGUAACAUUAAUAAUCACGUAAAACAUUUUAGAACAUCAAAACACAUUUAAAAAUGAUCACACACCCUCACAGUUGCUUAUUUCAAGGUUGUCAUCAUGGCCAGUAUUUUUUCAGUCAUCAAAUGCCUGGGUUAGCAGGAAUGUUUGUACGUUUUCCUGAAAGUCAGUGAGGGAGAUGAACUUGUCUCAAGUCAACACCAACCAGAGGCAGCACCACCAACAUGGCCUCCCAUGCUGAUCUUUGGGUCCUAUUAGUGGUGGGGGAUCUUCAGGUACUUGAUCCCAAGCCAUUUAGGACAUUGUAUGCUAGUACUAACACCUCAAAUUAGGGUGGUGCAUGGUCCCACCCGGCUGCCCCACUUGCCAACCUAGUAGCCACUUUCUGCACUAGCUGCAGUUUCUGGGUUGUCUUCAAGGGCAGCUCCACAUAGAGCACAUUGCAGUAGUCUUAAGUGGGAGCUCACUAGAGUCUGGGCAGUUGAGAUCAGGCUGUCCAAGUAUGACAGUAGUCCAAGUAGUAGGCAGUUCAGCCCAACCUGGGCAUCAACACUCCUGGCCAAACAAUUCAGUUGAGACUUCAUUGAGAAGUUGGAAUCCAGGCAUACUCGCAGACUAGGAACCUGUUCCUUCAGGGGGAGUGCAACCUUUCCAGAACAGGUUCUACAUCUAAUUCCUGGGCAUGGGAACCACUCAUCCACAGAAACUCCAUCUUAUCAGAAUUCAACCUCAGUUUGUUGGCCCCCAUCCAACUUUUUACUGCUUCCAGACACCAGUCUACUUUCUUCACAGCCUCUCCUGAUUCAGAUGGAAUGGAGAGUUUCCAAAUGGUUUGGGGUGGCUUACAUGGUUCUCCUCUUCCUUCAUCCAGUGCAGUUUAACUAUGGCAUUUGCUCCCACAAGAUAUAGUGAUGGUCACCAACUUUGAUGGCUUUAAAAGGGGGUUGGACAGAUUUGGAGGAUAAGACUAUGUUCUUUCUACACUAAUGGGUCCUGUUUGUGGAUGGGCAUCUGCUUGACUACAGUAAGAAUAGGAUGCUGGACAAGAUAGGCCACUGGCCUGAUCCAGCAGUACUGUUCUUAUGACCUUUUCAAGCAGGAAAGUGUUGCUGUGAUUGUAAAUGAAAAGGGAAAUAAGUAACAUGGCUUUCUUUGACUGGUGAGUAUUUUUGUUAAAUUUUAUUGCAAAUUACUUGCCUGUAUCAAUAGAGAUUUUGGUCAUAUAUGCAUUGAUUUAAAUUUAAUUCCAGAAUGAGCAUCAACGUAAACUGGCUGACCGCCCUAUGUGGCUUCCUCCUCAAAUGUUUUGGCUCUUGGCUUGGUGGAUUUAUACCAGGUGCGGGGAACCUGUGGCCCUCCAGAUGUUGCUGAGCCACAACUUCUAUCAGCCCCAGCAAUACUGGAAGUUAUCAUUCAGCAACAUCUGGAGGGCCACAGGUUCCCCACACCUGGUUUAUAGUUUUUCUUAACCCCCACCCCUUUUACUCGUAAGGAGUGACUUCAAAUGAAGCAUAAUCUUUUCCUAGGUGACCUCCUUCUGUCAGAGGUAAAUAGCUCUGUCUCCUUUUGUUAACUCUUCAGUGGGUGUUUAUUCAGAACAAACAUACUGCGGGGAGAUGCAAAUGUAACUGGAGUUUCUCUGCUGGGUAACCGGACUAACAAGUUCUGGCAGGAAACCGGAAGGGCUGCGCUAAGGGGUGGUGAUGGAACUUUCUCCAUGGCUGCCUAGCUCAAAAUGAAGUUGGGGGGGGGGAGAGAAGGAAGUUCCUAGGGCGACAGGUUAGCAAAGUUGGUGAAACAGCCUAUCCACCACACAGCUUUCUAGGGGUGUGGGUGUACUUUUUAGCUGGUGGCCUGAGGAAGCAUCCUUUAUUCCACCCCGUAUUUGCUUUUACCUUUCUGUGUUUUUUUUCUCCUUCAAAGAACCUUUUGGCAUUUAAGGAGAUUUAGAUAAACUUUAGAGGCUAGAUUGAGCUCUCUUUUGGGAGCUGUUCAAAUCCCUGCAGAGCCAGGAAGCUUUUCUGUGCAGCCUUGGUCCCAGUUGCCUCCCCAUUCUGCCUAAUCCGCCUCACGAGUUUCAUGAGGAGGUGAACUAGAGGGAGGACUCCCAAGUAGAAUUGCACUGAUAUAUUUUCAUGCAGGGGUCCUUUAAAGCAGGAGUGGGUAGCCUGUGGUUCCCCAGAUAUUGCUCCCAUCUUUCCUGAUCAUUGGCCAUACUGGCUGGCACUUACAGCAGUUCAGAGUCCAACAACAUCUGGAGGGCUACAGGCUCUUCCCCAUCCCCCGCCUUGAAGCAUAUCAUAGGUUUUUAUGCCCAGGGUCUGCUCUGUAUGAGAUAGAUAGAAACAUACACACCAAGAAAGACAGAAUUCUGUCACUGUCUAAAUGCUGGUUGCCACAGAAUAAAUGGUGUCAGGAACCAGUCCCCUCAAAUGAACCCCCCUGGUUUAAACUCAUUUUCUUUCUUUUUUUAAUGCUCUUGAAAUUCACUUUAUGUAAAGCCUGGUCUGUGUUUUCCACAGAAUAUCUGCUUUUUUCCGGGGAGGAUCUGUGUGUACACAUCAUAUCUGUAUUUCCUCUGCCAGUAUGCUGAGAUGAUAGUCUGAAGCUCCCAAACUUAAAGGCUGAGUUUUCUUCCAGUGUACAGUUUCAUUGCUUUGGAGCAGUAGAUAUGGAUCAAUAUACUAAUCAGUAAUGACAUGCAUUCCUAGCUUCUUUGGGGCCAGAAGUGAGGUGGAUGACAUGGUGGCCAGACUAAAACUGGCCAGAUGAUGUGAAGUAGCAGCCAUUUUGAUAGAUACCCACCUGAGAUAGCAUAACAUGAAUAAUGAGAAUUUCAUUCUCUUUCCUCAACCCCAUACUUUUGUCACACUCCAGCUUGACCAAGAGUGAAAUGCCUUUAGGGGAGGGUCAUAGUUCAGUGGUCGAUCACAUUGUUUGCAAUUAAGGCUGGAAAAGCCCAUGUCUGAAAUCUGGAGAGUCACUACCAGACAGUGUCUGUGAAUGGUCCCUAAGCUAAAUACACCCGUGGUCUGACUCAUUACAAGACGGUUUUUCAUGUUCCUGGGUAACAAGCUCAGAAUGGUGCAGGUAGAAGCAACUUGAUUUUUUGAUUUUUUUUUGUAAUAGGGAGGGAGCAGGGUUAACACACAAGUGGUGUUCCCCAAAUACACCUGUUAUCCCCACUUAAAUUAAUAGAUACCAGAGUUAGGCAUUGCACUUGGGGACCCUUUGAGAGGAAGAGAAGUCUAGCCUGCUCUCCUCUGGAGACUUAUGUGGCUUGAGCCUUCCUAGACAGGGUUCCCACAGGAAAUGCAAUACAUCUUUGUGUGCACACAUCACUAUGCAACACUUUGAACAAUUGUUGGACAUGGUCCCCUCACAAUGCACUUACAGUAUUCCUUUGUUUGUUGGUUUUACAAACAUGAAAUGUGUUAAAACUUUUAUGCCUUUUGAAAUAUUGGUGGCUUUAAGACAAGCACACCAAAUUGAUGGUGAAUAUACAGCAAUGUUUUUCAAGCCUCAGCCUCAGGUGACUCCAAAACCUUAGAUAAGAAUGUCAAAUUGAUGUUGGAUUCUAGCCGAAAUAAAAUGCAAGGAAGGGUCAUUACACUGUGUGGGAUAAUUGUGUGUUAGGGUGUCCCUCCAUCUCCUCCUCCAGAUGUCUGCAGGCUGUUGUUUGCCUUUAAUUGGUGAAUGAGGCUAAUGACUCCUAGGAUAUCUUGUGGUGAUUGUUGUUUACCCAAACAAAAUUUGGUUCUGAGGCAACUUGUGUAUUGGCUCAGCAGAACAAAAAUUGGCUUGAUGUAGACUAAGAAUUUGAAAAGAUUCUUGGAUGACCCAGAGAAGGAACUUAAUCUGGGCCUUUACAAAAGCAGAUGAGACUUUCUCAAGUGCACAUUCACUUGCUGACUGUCUUCCCCACUCAGGCAGGCUUACAUUGUGGAAUAAAUUUGAAGCACAUAAGAAUCUGAAGCCCAGAACAUGCGUGUGUGUGCUUUGUUCUAUGAGCCCAUAGAUUUAGAGACCAAGUAGAGAAUCUGCCAUUUAGUGAUGCCUUUAUUCUUUCCUUGGGUUACUCUCCCACACACACCUUUCCUCUUUUUUGCCUAUGUCAGGUUUUAAAUUGUCUGCUCCUCAAGGUAGGACCUAGCCCUCCUGUGCUGAGUGAAGUGCCAGACACAUUAAAUGCACAUUUGUACAAAUAAUAAUGUGAUGCAGAAUUUGAUCAUAAGGAUCUCCUUGCUUUGACCAGGUGUGGGGAACCUUUUGCCAUGCAUGCUGGUGCUGAUGGGAGCUGUAGUUUGGCAACAACUGGAGGGCCAGAGUUUCCCCACUCCUGCUUUAAACAUACAGACAGCUGCUCCAGCCUUCUCCAUUGCAUAACAUAGUAUGUAGGGGUGUGGAUGUGUUAAACCUCUCCUCUUAUGUUUUAUGAGGGCCAGGUCACAGUGCACCUUGUCAGUGCCAUCCAUGCAAAUAGUUGGCUAUCUUGCCCUUGUUUUCCCAAAGAGAACUUUGGAAACUGAAGGCCAAGAAAUGACUGGGGUGGGCUGAGCUGGCACAAGGGUGUCUUUUUUAGACUUUUCCAGAGGUUAGUACUUUUCAUAUGUUUUCUGAGGCUUUUAGUGGUUUUAGUGGCUUUUUAUAGCUUUUAUUGUCUCGCUGCUGCUAUUAUGAUUUUUAUUUUAUGUAAGCUUUAUUGAUCUCCACUCUUAGGUUUGAAAUAACUUAAUAAUUUAUUGCCUCCAUUUUUGCUUGUAUUUGUCCUCUCUGUAAGCUGCUUUGUAUCUUUAAUUUUAAUAGAAGAGCAGUCUCAGAUAGGUUAAAUAAUUGUUCGCAGUUGCCCUAUUAAUAUCAGGAGAAGCUUGUUCGACCAGACAGCAGCCUCCCUAUGUGCAUGUGCAUUUUGGAAUCCUUUCAAAAUGGAGAAGGUGAACUGAGGUUGCUCUCCAAUCAGAAAGUGUUCACAGAAUGCCACUCUCCUGCAUCAGGGUUUCAUAGGGAAGCCUGUGGAAAUGAGCUAAGUAGUGGGGUGGUUAAGCCAAAUGACAUCCUACUUACUCUGAAGUAGGGAACCUCCAGUUCCCAAAAUGGAAACCCAAGGUGCAGCAUAUUAAUUUUACCAGGCCCAUUUGCAAGUCUAGUGGGCAAACGGAGCAGUGACGGGAUAUCUUAGUGGAUGGCAUGUGGCAGCUGCUGUUGUUUUUCAUGGGGACAGUGCUUACCAACCAUUCUAGAGACUUUGAACAAAGCAGAGGUUCAUGAUUGGCUAUCUGUGACACUGCAGAGUUGGCCUGAUGGGAUGCAGCAGAGCACUUCCGAGACCAAAGGGAAAGGUGUGAAUUUGAAUCUUGUUUGCUGUGACCAUAACUGGAUGCAGGUCAUAUGUGUGAAGCUUUUGGAGGGGUGGGGUUAUUAUUUGCACUGUUGCUGUACAUUACACUUGACAGAGAUUUUACAGUCUACCCUGAUGGUCAUGUAGGCCAGUGUCCUCAAUUGGUGGUCCACCCAGGGGCUCCAUGGCACCAUUCACACAAUGAAAACCACCAUAGAGACAUCAUUUUUUUUUUCAAAAGCAGGGGUCCAUGGCUUGGCUUUUGAAAAACGGGGUCUGCAGUACUGAUGAAGACAAUACCAACCUAGAUGGAUGGGUGGUGGGACUUGGUGUGCAGCAGCUGCGAUAUUCCUACAAUGUAUGCCUGUUGAAGAUUAGGGUUUGUAUUGCAACACCUGCAAUUCAACAACCAACUAAAUUACAGAGGGAAGUAUUUGGCUGUCUUCUUUCUAUCCAUAUAGGGAAGCCUCUGGAGAAAGAAAAUUCUAGACCCUGCAGCACCGCCCCAAUUUGGCCCAGGGCUCUGUGCAUGUCAUGCCUGCGGGAAGCUUCUCAUCUCCAGUCAGCUGCAGUUGCAAAUUCCCAGCCUUCAGGGGCCUUGAACAAAAGGCUCCAUCCUGCAUAUACUCCAGUAAGGGUCAGCCCCCUCUAGGCAUCUCUAGGCAGCUGCUUUGGAGCAGCAUCAGGGUUGGAGGGACUCUCCUCUAAUUUGCACAUUUAAUCCCUGCUCAUUUUCAUGAAUGUGACAGGAAGGUGCUGAAUGAACUGCUGACUACAUUUCCUCUUGUGCACCAUUCUCAUUCCUACAUCAAACGUUAAGAGUUCAGGCAGACCUUUAAAAACACACAACUGAUACAAAAUCAUGAGAGUUGGGAAACAUAGUUAAGUUGGUCUUCCGUCUGCUUUCUACAAGCAGAAAGAACACCAUGUUUAUUAUGCUCCUCAACACUCAUGAUUUCCAAGUAAACUAGUAACAAUAAAGAUGCGAACUAGUAUUUCUUUUUUGUCGUUAGUUUUUAAAACUUAUUUAAUACUAGAAUCUAAAAUGUAACUCGCAGGAACCUACCCUGGGAGUGGUGUUAGCUAUACAUGUGUUCCACUUUGUGGGUUGGGGGUAGUGCUGCAAGCUCUAAUCCAGUGUAUUGAUAAACUAAUACUUUAACAGAUGACAAUUAACACUUGUGUGGGGGUGUUUCACUACUGUCUUGUUUUGGCUGUUGCCGUAAUGACACUGAAGCAAAUAUCCAGCUGCUGGAAGUAGUUUUAAUUUGAACUACAAGUUACCUUGCACUUCCUUCAGUAUUUCAAAUAGGGUAUAUAUGCUGAUAUUUUGGUAAGCUGCACUGUGACAAAUGAAAGUGAGCAUUCCCUGGCUGCUGGGAGCCUUUGUUACCUUCCUGUUUCCUAAUGAAUUGUUCUCUCAUAGAACCCCACACCCCCACCCUGCUCUGUAAUCCUCAUGCAAAUUUAUUUUGGCCUGAUUGCAGGUUGGGGAGCUCUGUAUUAGCACACUUACUUUGCAUGCAGAACGCCCCAGAUUCGAUUUUCAGCAUCUCCAGUUAUCAAAGGAUCUUUGACAGUAGAGCUGGGAAGACUUCUUUCUGCCUGAAACUUGAGAGAGCUGUUCCCAGACACAGCCGACACUUAUGUACUUAAAUAUAUUGGCCCUCUUUGGAUGAUCACGCUUACUAAACUGAGAUACUUAUGAGCACCUUUCCUUGACCUGUGAUUAAACCAGGAAAUCUCUAAUUAAUUAAACUUCAUUUUGUACUUGUGUCUAAAAUAAGGAAACUGUGGUUAUCAGCUUCAAAACAAGCCUUAAACAAACAUCAUACUGUGGUUUAAGAGCCUAGCUUGUUCUGAAGUUGGCAACUAUAGUUUCCUGAUGAUCACGAAAUAAUAAACUAUGGUUAAAGAGACAUCCUAGUUGGAGCCGUGUUGAAGGUGGCCACUGAGUCAGACCACUGGCAGCUUUGUGUACAGAACCAUGGGUGCUUUAAAAAAAUCUUAAUUCUAAGGUGCACACUCCUCCUGAAUUUUGUAAGCACAGUGUUGAGUGAAUUGGAGCAGUUCACAGCACCUCUGUUCCUGGCUGCUGAGAAGCUGGCACCUGAAAAGGUUUUUCCCUGGAGUAGAAAGUUUGUCCCAGUUGUGGGGGUGGAGAUGGAGCUUAAAGAUUGCAGCAUGUCUGGAGCUGCUAUCCCUAUUAGGGAGUUGUAAUACCCUCUUGUGGUAUUGUGGCUCAUUUUAACAGCUGUGGCACCUCUGCAAAUGGGCCUUUUCUGUCCUUUUUGCUAGGGGGAUCUGCAAUGUAGCUGAAUACUUUUGGCUGCUGCAUCUGUGUUCUGCGUUCACACACUGGAGAGGUGGGGCUGGUUGCCUGGAGGCAAUUGUUAAUUGCUGCAGGUGAUCAGAUGUGGGUGAAGGGAUGGUAUGGAGUGGUUUGGGCUUCAUAAUGCUAUACGUAUACAGAAAACCAUGGCCCUUGGUGCCUGUACACAGCUGAAAGAGAUUGCUUAUAACUAGGUAGAUAGCCUAUAACUGCAGUUUUGUGGGAACGCACACACAAAAGUUGAAUAUAGUCUUGGAUGCAGGUUUCAGAUGUUCAGGUUUCAUGGUGUUCUUUAAAGCUAUCUGGCCCUAAUGGCUUGCAAGGAUAUGGGCAAUGCCUCAUGAAACCACUGAAGCCGAAGUAUAUCAACUUUCCAGUGAUCAGAGAACCAUAGAAAGUGAAUACAUUUUAUGUUGCGGGGAGGUGGGGGGCAGAAUGGCAGGAUAUAUUGGGCAGGAUUUGAUGCUUGGGCAGGAUAAAUUGGGCAGAAUUCAUGCUGAGGUGUAGAAUUUAUACCAGUUGCAGAAUUCAGCUUCCCAAGCUGCAGAACUCUGUCUCUCUAAGUGCAGAGUACACCCAGCCCUGCCUAGAAGCUGUUUGCUCAGCCGUACCUCUGUACAAUCUCUCCUAGGCUUUCUCUCCCUUCCACUCCUUUCAAAUUGGCAGCCUUUUAAAAAAAGCAAAAAAAAAUCUGCCUUGCAAACUUAGUAGGCUCUGCAGGGCUCAGUCAACAGAGUUGCCUGUCAGAGCUCCAGAUCACCUGACAGCAGGUCAAAGGGGUAACGUCAUCCUUUUUUCCUUUGCUUUCUCUUCCCCUCCCUGGUUUUCUCCAAAGCCCUGCCUGCCGAUUGCAUGGGUGGGGCAGGCAGCUUCCUGUGGGGGAGAACCUGACGUUGCUGUAACUCAUUCUCUCUCACACUUUCUCUCCUCCCAAGUGAGACGCAGGUUUCCUCCUACCUUCUGUCUUGAGUGGGGGGUGGGGGAGGAUCUAGCAAUUCGGACUUCCUUCUGGAGUAAACCUUGAUUGGAUUCUAGAAUAACCCGUUACCUCUAUUUAACUAUUUGGUUUUGGGGUGUUUUUUUUGAGGGGUGUGUGUAAGAUAUUUCCCCGCCACCAUCACUCAGACUUUAAAAGAGGCUUGGAGGACUUGCCAAACAACCCAGGUGCUCUCUGGCUCAGCAAGUGGGGAAAUUGCGAAAGGUGUUGCCUCGCUCAGGUAUCGGAGGUGGAGACUUGGGCACCGGCUGGAUGAGGAAGCUCCACACUUCCUCAGUUCUGUUGCUGUACUUUGCUCCGUCAGGAAAGUUUUGGGUCAACAAAUGAAGGGGUAAACGCACCGUCCCAGGAAAGGAUUAUUCCCUCUUGAGUUUCCACGAGCUGCUGCUUUGCUCAGACUUGUUUGCAGUAAUUUUGGGAUACCUGCCUUAUCCGUUUCUUCACGGCCGAGAAAGCAGGCAACUGGAUCCAGUCUUUUCUCCCUCUCUUUCUCAUUUUUUCUUUGGCCUCUCUUGGAGCAGCGGUGGAUCGAUGAGGUACAGCUUGCCUCUGACUGGCAGAGGCACUACUGCGUGAGGUAGCAGAGAAGACUACGAUUAAUGAGUGGAGGACAUAGAUACGUUGUGCCUAUGACAAUGGGAGUAGUAAGUCUCUUGUAUUACUGGGAAUGGUUCCUGGGGUCCAAAAUGGGAUUCUUAUAUGAGGUGGUGGAUUAAGAUCUGGUGAUUAUAUGAGGAAAAACUGGUAUUUUGUGGCUAGUGAUCUGAUGGAGGUAGGAAACUGAGUUUCCAAUAGGGGCUCUAUUUAGAGAAUGUGACCCCCCCAACUCACCUUUCUUUUACACCCUGGGAUAAAUUGGGAUCAGGCCUCAGACUCACAUGCUCUCUCUUCCUCCUCACUGCAAGAGUGAGUAACUGAACAGGGAGAUCCCUUAUAAAAAAAACUUCCUUGACCUCAGAAAGGUAAAAUUCACCAAUCCCAAGGGCUAGGAAGUAGGUUUUAAUUCCAUGCAGAUUGGUAAGAUUUUGGGCAUGCGGUCCUUUCAGGUUGGCCCAUUGUGAGUGAGGAAAGCAGACUCAAGCUGAGGCCUCAUUCUUGAUCUCUCUCUACCCAAGUACUCUCCUGGAAGGGUAGGGGAAUAUUGCUGGAUCAGAACUGGCUUUGUUUUAUCCCAGGAGAGACCUUCUGAAUCAGACCAGCAGCCCAUCCAGUCCAGCAUGCUGUUCUCACAGUGGCCAACUAGAUGCCCGUGGGAAGCCUGUGAACAAGACCUGUGUGCACCAACAGCACUUUCCCUUCCUGCAGUUUCCAGUAACCGGUAUUCAGAAGCAUACUGCCUAUAGCAAUGCAGGUAGAACAUAGCCAUCAGGCUUAAUAGGCAUUUGUAGACUUAUUCUUCACAAACAGAGGCCCUUGCACAGGUUGAAAGUACCCCUCUUGGAAAUGAUGACUUUAUAAGCCUCUAGCGACAAGGGGCAGUGUACUAGAGAACAACAGCAGUAGAGGACCAUUAUGCUCUUCUGUCCUGCUUAUGGGUUCCCCCUCAGCAUCUGGUUGGUCCCUGUGGAAAGCGGGAUGCUGGGCUUGGAUAGGAUAGCCGUUUACCUUCCCGCUAUAAAGCGAUCCCUAUUUAUCUACUUGCACUUAAGAGUGCUUUCGAACUGCUAGGUGGGCAGGAGCUGGGACCGAACGACGGGAGCUCACCCCACCGCGGGGAUUCGAACCACCGACCAUACGAUCGGCAAGUCCUAGGCACUGAGGUUUUACCCACAGCGCCACCCGCGUCCCCGACUUAAGCUUUGUGCCCUUAGUUUUUCGAUACUUCUCUUAGCCUUGGUACUUUUUGGUAUCGUGGAUUUAUUGAUGGAUUAUUCUUCCUAUUUUUAUUUUUGUCCUUAUUUUUUAAAUACCUGUCAACUGUUUUGAGCAAUAUGUUUGUGGUGGGAAAAACAGGAUGUACAUUUUUGGAUAAAAUAAAUAAAUCAGAUUUUCACAGAAUGGGUAAACUCGGAUCACAGUUUAUUUCAGGAUACUGUAAGUGACUUAACUGCAUGACUUCAGGCAUCUGACUUUUUUAAAAAUCUUACUCUGAAAAUAAUUUUUAUUUUAUUUAUUUAAUAAAAUUUCUAUACUGCUUGAUUGUAGUAAAACCUCUAAGCCAUUUUACAAUAAAUAUUCCAAUUUACAAGAAAUGUUUAAACUAAUUAAAAGCUUUAAAAAUAAUGACAAUUAACAGUAAAUUAAUAUUAAAACAUGCCAUCAUUAACAUGUCCAGAUAGGCUUGCCCAAACAAAAAUGUUUUAAGCAGAUACCGAAAAGAGUACAGCGAAGGUGCAUGCAUGAUAUCAACAGGCAGGGGAUUCUAAAUAAGAGCUAUGAGCCAGUUAAAUCAUUUUUGUUUAUUUUAAACUGUUUUUUAAUUGAUAAAAUAAUUUAAUUUGGAUGUUACCACAACCUGUGUUGUUGAGAGCUAGCGAGCAAAAGGGAGUGUUUAAGGAGUAAAGUGCAAUUUAAUAAACAAAAGCUGCCACUCAGUCAUUUAUUUAUUUUAGAAGGAAGAUUGUUUUUAAUCUGUUGAUUAAAGCUUAAACAACAAAGAGUCUUGUGGCAACUUAAAUGACUUAAACAAAUGUAAUAUGGCGUAAGCUUAUGUGUACUAGAGCUUAUACCAUAAUUUUAUUAGUCUUGUUAAGGUGCCAAAGGGCAUUCUUGGUUUUGCUGCAACGGACUAGGCUUGAUAUUCCUCUGAAAAGUUAUAUUACAAAGAAUGAUCUCUUAAGUUGGGAGAGGGAGAGCAGCAUUUUAAAAAGGUUUGAAUGAUGAGCUGGUUCAAGAAGAGAUAAUUAGAACAGUGUGUUUGAUUUAGACCUCUGUGCUCCUCGUGGUCUUGAGCCUGUUAGAUGAUCAUAAAGCUCUUAACUUCCUUUCCUGAUCAUGGCCUAGUUCUUGCUAGGUAAUGCUAUACCUUGAGUAUCUCUCUUCAGACUGGGGACUCGUGGGAUGGGAUGGCUCCUCCAUAUUAUAAUAUAAUGGGGAAAUCUCUGCACAUAGAAAACUAACUUGUAAGGAGAUGGGCAGGUGCUAGGAAUCACAAAAGCUAUUGGACUAUUGCUUGUGGUCUUCCCAUAAGCAUCUGGUUAGCCACUGUGAGAACAGGAUGUUGGACUAGAUUGGUCUCUGGGCCUGAUCCAGAAGUCUUACGGCUCGACUGAAAACAUCCCCUGCUGCAUUUUCUGCCCAAGUUACCACAGUACCUCUUGUUUCUUUCCGGAACGAUUAGGACUGCCAUUGCCAUCCUCCACUCCAGAUUUUGAGAGGUGGGUUCUUCCAGAUAGGUCUUUGCACAACGUGGGGUGCUAGCAUAAGGCCACUGGUUGGAGACACUGGUGAGCCUUCUCCACAGAGCAAGCACUUUGAAGAUAAGAAGAACCUUGCUGCUGGAUUGGGCCCAAGGCCCGUGUCCAACAUCCUGUUCUCAGAAUGCCCAGCAAGCAAGACCUAAGUGCAACUGUGCUCUCACCAGUUUUGAUUCCCUAGCACCUGGUAUUCUGAGGCUCACUCCAACAGUGGAGGUGGAAGAUAGCCACUGUGGCUAGUAGCUAUUGCUAGCCUUACUGUUUCUUCCAUGAAUGUAUCCAAUCCUUUAAAGUCUGUAGGCAUCACUACAUCUUGUGGGAGCAAGAGGGAUCUGGCUUCGGGGAUAGCCACGCAAAGCCUCUUGAGCGCAGCGGGAGCGCUCUUGCCUCUUCGCUCAAGAGGCUUUGCGUUGCUUUCUUGUUUCUUGUUUUCCUCCUCUAAAAACUAGGUGUGUCUUAUGGUCGGGUUUGUCUUAUAGAAUGAAAAAUACGGUAUUUUUCAUAGUCAGAUCACUCCCUGUUGAGGUUUAUGGCUUAUAGCAACUGUUCCCCUCUACAAGGGGGGUGGGUACUAGAGGAUAAUGAAUUCUGUUGGGCUCUAGUGAGUUUUCUGGCUGGUUUGACUGGCAGUUCUUUCAAAUUCCUGGUCACUCUGUGGAAUGCAGAGAUUACACGAGUGGUUGUCGAGCUAAGCUGAACCCUACACCUGAGCCGAGGGCAUUGAAGCAGGUUGAAAGAUGGCAUGAACACAUCUGGAUAAGAUUUCAUGAUGAGUCCGACCGAACACAAGAGCUAAUUAUCAAGCCUUCUCUGUAGUGAUGGUGAAGUAGCCAUUUUUCUACACCAUAAUUGCAUUCCCACAAAGCCAUCCUGUGGAGCUUUUCCAAAUGGUUUUGAGUCUUUUGAAAUCUAAUUUGAUCGAUUUGGUGGAAUCCCAGUACCGUAGUUCUUUGUGAUGUGUUUGCAAGGGACUUUGAGAACAAAAUUGCCUGUAUCCACCAAUUUUCGGACCUCACAAUUGUCUUGCUGGAUAACUUUUACCUUUUAGGGCCUGUGGAUGUGGCCCUUGCCUAUCCUAGCUAACUGCAUCAAGCAGAGAGGGGGGGUGACUGGUUGAGUGCAGGAAGUAGCAAAUUCCUUGUUAACAGAGGGUAUAUUCCCAGCCUCCUUUAUUCCCAGGCAAUAGUGUUACUAUUCCUAAAAAGUUUCAUUGGGCCCAGAAGUUCUGAACAACUGUGGGCCAAUUGCUAACAAACCCUUCCCGGACAUAGUGUUCAAGCAGUAGUUGUCAGCCGUCUCCAGACACUCUUAGAUGAAACUCAUUUUCUAGGUCCAUUUCAGUUGAGGUUUUGGCCUUGUUUUAGCAAUAAAACUGCCUGGGUCACUCUGUAGCAUGACUUUUGCUCAAAGUGAGAUGGAAGUGCAACCCUACUGAUUCUCUUGAUCCCUCAAUCAAUCAUGGUAUCAUUCUGGAGAGCUUGUCCAAAUUGGGUGUGGGUGGCACUGCUCUUCUGUAGUUUUACUCAUCUGUGUAGCAACUGCUUACAGAAAGUGGUGCUGUGGGUAUCUCUGUAACUCCGUGGCAUUCAGGCUUCAGGUAACAUAAACAUCAAACCACCAAGUGUGCUUACUGAUCAUAACAUUUGGGCCUCAAGUCAGUACUUGAGAAAAUAGUCUGCUCCAGUUUGUGGUGCUUUGUGGGCUGCCCAAUUUGGUUCAGGAUCCAUCAGUCUACUUCAUUCCAUCACCUCCCAUUCACUCAUAGGAUUUGGGUUUUUGUUUUUUAAAGGCUGUAACUUCUCUUUGUUUUUGACCAAAGUCAAUGGAAUUUGCAGGUAAACUAGCCCAUAGUUAGUGAAAAAAGGCUACCAAAUUGCAGGCAAAUAGCUCAAGGGGCUUUUGUACUAGCCAUAUUUUUAAAGUUGAUUCAAGGUGGAGAGAACUAAAAGGGAUUCAUUUUUCAGAUAAAAUUAUUCCCUCUGGUGUGUAAACAUAUCAGUCACAGUGGAGUUUUCCCUCAACUCUCUUUCCUCUCUAUUGUUUGCUCUCUGUUCCUUCACCACACACCCCCUCAUGUUAUGGAAAGCUUAUGGAUCUUACUUUCACUUUCUCGGCAACUUUUUGCUAUUGUUUGGAUCACUAAAGGACCACAGGAGGUCUUGCUUCAACCUGUGCCACUCAUACGGAUUUCAUUUUGCCUCUGACAAGCCAAGGACAUCCCCCCCAUACAGACAUAUCCCCAGGAUUUGCCUGAAUCCUGAUGCACAACCCUGUACUACAUUAGAUCAUUUAGGGAUUUGGAAUGCAGCUGGCACCUAACUCUAUUGCUCUUAUUUAUCUAAUUGGCUGAGAUGGUGGAUAUGCUAAAUUAAAUCCUAGGCAUGGUAAUGGGGUGGAUGAAGGCCAAUAAACUGAUGUUAAGUCCAGGCAAGGCAGAGGUACUGUUAGUCCACUUUUGCACUGGUGAAUGGUGUUCAACCUGUUCAGCAGGAGGCUAUACUCUCCCCUAAAAGGGGAGCGGUUCAUAGUUGAGGUGCUCAUUGUUCCGUCUUUGUCACAAUGCCCUCCGUGGCUCAGAGUACCUUGUUCUAGCUGAGGCUGCUGCACCAGGCAUGACUGUACCGGGACCAAAAGAGAUCCUUGCUUCAGUGUUCCACGCCCUGUAAAUCUUCUCUUUGGAUUACUGCAAUGUGUUGUGUCUGGGGCGGCCUUUGAAACUGGUUUGGAACGGUACACUGCUGCAUAAUGCCAGUGUGAGGGAAGUGACACUCUCUCACAGGGCUGUGAGGAUAAUUGAAGUAAUAAGGGGACAGGUGGGGAAAAAAGACUUCCUUGGAAAGUUUUCUUUUAAAAGCAGCUGUUUUAAAAUUAUGGGACAAAGAUUAAACUCACCUUGACUCAAAACAAAAAAGUGCACUAACUCAGCCUGCUAAAGGAAGUGUUUGAAGGGAAAUUGAAAUACCUGCCUCAAACCCUCCACCUUCUUUUACUUGGAAGGAAAGCUGCAAGCAACAAAGGAAACUAUUCACUAACGCUUUAAAAGGCACUGUUAACUGAGCCAAUGUACCUUAUCAAUUAGGAUUGUUUGGUUUGUUUGAUCUGUAUUUGUUUGUGCUUUUCUAAGCAAGGAGGGAGGGCAGAACCAUGUUCAGCGCCACCUUGAGUUUCUUGGAGGAAAGAUGGGAGACAUGUAAUAAGCAGGUGCUAUAAACAUACUUAAUACUUAAAAUAAAAUAGAGUUAAAAUGCAAAAAAAAAUUAAAAACCCAGAAGCUUCAGAGUAAACGGCCUUCAAUUCAGCAUCCCAUCAGUUUCCAGCAAAAGUCUGAGAGAAUUGGUACCUUUUUAAUCCACAUCAAAAGAUGACCAGCUGAGGAUGCCUGUUAUACCUCAGGAGGGAGGGAAUUCUGUGGCUGAAAUGCCAGUCAUGGAGAAGGCCCCAUGCGACGUAACCACACACUGAGCCACGUCUUAUCAGCAGAACUACGUGAAAGGCAUUUUCUGGUGAUCUUAAUGCACAGGCAGGCUAAUACAGAGAGAGGGCCUCAUUCAUGUGCAGUAUAUGGAUCCCAAGUUGUCAUACAUGAAAGUUAACACUUUUCUGUUCGGUUUGGUAAUGUAUAAGCAUCCAUUUUAGCAUGAGAGAGAGAGCGCAGAUUUAUUACCAUCAGAAAACAUCAACCCCACAACAUGGCUCUGCUGGUCUCUUGCAGGGAUGGAGGAACUUGGUGACCUCCAGGUGAUGUUGGACUAAAGAACCCAUCAGUCCCAGGCAGCAUGGCCAAUCUUCAGCAUCACCUGGAGGGAAAUGGAUUUCCCAUCCUUGCUUUAACUUAGUUAAGGUGGCCUUUGCUUUCCAUUUUCUGCCUGUGGGGCUCCCACUGCACUGCUCAUUUCACAGAACCAUCUUUUUGCUUGAGAUUGGGAAUGGGCGGAACCCCAGUGAUAGGGCCCCAGAUGUAAUCGCCAGUAGUGUCUCCAGUCAGGGCUGGGAAAGUCUUCCUGUCUGAAACCCCGAAGAGCCACUGCCAGCCAGCCUAGACAGUAUUGAGCUAGAUUGACCAAAGGUCCGCCUUGGUAUAAGGCAGCUUCCUAUCCCACCAGAUUCCCCUUAGGAUAACUUGUUUACGGUGUUAGAAACUUAGAUAUGAAACCUAAGAGCUAAAUGGCACCUUAAACCUAGGUUAUGGGCGCCACAAUGGAAUGUCUAGGCACACUUUUUUAUUACAAGAAUACAAAGCUGAAAAUGAAUGAACUGCAGCUAAAAUACUACGUUCCUUUCACACAUGGUCUAGUCCAGGGGUCUGCAACCCGCGGCUCCGGAGCCGCAUGUGGCUCUUUUACACCUUUGCCGCGGCUCCGGGGCGGAUACUAGCGAGGGGAGGAGGCGCAUUGUGCGCCCCGACACUCCCCACUGUGGCGGGCGCUGUACAGGCUGUGACGUCGCAUGGGGGCAGUGUGUGCGUUAGUCACGCACUGUCCCGACGUCACCUUCCCGCGUGCCCGCUACAUUGUAAGGGGCAUGUACGCUGGUCACUGCAUUGAAAGGGGGCAUGUACGCUGGUCACUGUUUUGAAGGGGAGUGAAGAACACACACACACACACACACACAAAAAGGUAACUUGUUAAUUUAACGUUUAUUUCUAUGAGGAGGAGUAAUUCUGAGGGGUCAAACAAAGAAAUAAUAAAAAAGUGACAAAAAUGUUAUUUUUAUAAUGACGAGUUUUGCGGCUCCCAGUUUUUUUUUCCUUCGGAAACGGGUCCAAGUGGCUCUUUUUGUCUUAAAGGUUGCAGACCCCUGGUCUAGUCCUUCCCCUGCCCACCCCCCUAAUAUUCUUAAGAGGGUCUCUUCUCCAUUCUUCAGAGAGUAGCUGGAAGUGGGGAGGCAGAAAAAGGUCCUCCUUUCCUUCCACUCUGCAUACAAGCCCUGGAUUCUCCCUGCACCCCCUUUCCUUCACAUAAAUGUAUCUUUUUGGCACCACAGUUAGCACAUAUUAAAGGCCUAUACAACUGAUGGCAGAGACACCCGCCUUGAGUGUCCAGUUCGCAAACCUAAGUCUUAAGGGUCCUUCAGUGAUUCCACUCCAAAAUUGGUUUUGAUUUUAAGCAUCACUGUGAGAGUCUGAGCUAGAUAACACUUUAACAUGCAUUUCUUAAACCAUCAUAACUAACUGGCUAGUAUAUUUCAAAUUAAAAGCACAGCAUACAUUAAAAGUGCAUUAAACAAGGCAACUGAAACUUAAACAAAACAUGUUUGGUAGAAAAGAAAAGAAAGGUCCCCAAUCCAUGCACGUUUUACUUGGGAGGAAGCCCCAUUGAACUUGGUUGGGAUUUACUUCCAAGUAACAGUGGCAAUUUUAAUCUGAAAUCUUAGGUGCGGUACUGUGCCCAGAGCUCAGAAACUGCUCGCGUUUAUGAAAUUCCCUGUCACAAAACGCGCCCAGAACAAUGGGAGUUUUGAAUACUGCUUGUUUAGUGGCAGUCCACAUUUUUAUAUCUAUGGAAUAGGUUCCCCUGAAGGUGCAGUCAGUGAAGUCCCCAUGCCUCUAGUCCUGCUCUCAGGAGUCGAGAUUUGGUUGUUGUCAAUGUUUUGUGUUCCUUUUCCUCCUUCCGUACCCAGACGUGAGUGUAAAUUAUAAAUGAGUGAUGCAGUGUUGAUUCUGCUCCUCCAGGGUGCCUUUUGGAAUGGUGGCUCAGCUGUUGCAGUGAGCCCAAGAGAGCAACAGCCCAGAGUGUCCUUGGGAAAGCAAGCCAAAUGUGGGGUGCAGUGCCAGAGCAUAAAGCAUUUUUCCGUUUUGCCAGGCCUGUCUGCAUUCUGCACAUCUGCAGGCUCACUGCACAAAAUUCAAGACCUGCUCUAAGGUGCAGAGAUUUGUACGGCUGCAUUUCAGUGGUCAUGAUUUUUAAACGGGUUGAAAAUCUGGCCAAUGGGAAUGUUGUGGGCAUGUUCAGCCUGGUCUCAAUCAGGCACUUUUAAGUCAUAGUCCAAUUAUCCUGUAACUACUUUAAAAAACCAACCUCCCCCCACCCUGAAGUGUUGUGAGAUGCUGUCCUCAGUCAACGUGCAUGUUUCAAGUCUGGGUGAGUCUUUGUGCUCCCUGCUACUUGCUGCAGCUAGGGCUCUCCUCUCUAGUCACUGUCAAGUCAGGAAUACUUCUUGCAAUCAGUGGGGUGCAAACAGAGUGCUGUUUCCUCUGCUAGGAAGAGUGCAAACAAAUGCCCUGUGCCAGUGGCUUCACAUAGGAUGACAAAAAAUGCAAGGAAUCAAACGCACUCAUAUAAAGUACUGUUGAUUUUUGAAAUUCUGUUGAUUGUCUUUGAACUCUUUUCUUUUAGUGUGGUGGGUUCUAAGAAACCCACCCCAAAAAGCUAACUUCUGCCCUUGUGUGAGAUGCAAUUAGCUUGGGAGAUGUUGCAAGCAAGUGCUUUGAUGGGGUGCUCUGGACCCAAAGGUGUGGUUGGCAAGGCCAUCCAGAGAUGGAGCUCUGGAGGUUUCAGUUUUGAGGACAGAUUCGGAAAUAGGAUUGGGGAGGAGAUUGGUAGGUGGAAUGGAUGGGAGCGAAGAUUGUUUUGGCUGCAAGCUCCUUAGGACUAUCUCUCCUUUUCUUUUUACUUCUCUUGCUUUGUAAAUUGGAUGUGUGGAAGCACUUCUCCAUGUUCCAAUCCUAGGAAAACUUGCUUUACAGAGCCUUCUCUGUGGUGGCGCCUCUUGUGGAAUACCAUCCUCUUGCACACGCCAACAUAGUUAUUUUGACAUCAAGUUAACACUUCGAAGAUCCUCUUGCCAGUCAGCAUAGGCGAUGCUGAGCUUGGUGGAACAGUGAUUUGAGUCAGGAUAUGUCAGUUUCCUAGGUUCCAGUAUAAUACAGUCCUCCAUUCAGACCCACGAAGACUAGAAUCUUAGUUUACUUUUGUGGGCCAGUCAUAGCUCAGUGGUAGAGCAUCUGGCAAGUGGUCCAAGGUUCAGUCCCUGGGAUCUCCAAGUAGGUCUGAGAGUGUCCCCUCCUUGAAACCCUGGAAAGCUGCUGCCAAUCCAUGUAGACAGUACUGACUGUACAUGGACCAGUGGUCUGACUCUGUAUAAGGCAGCUUCCUACAAUGCUGAGCUUGGUCUGUUGUUUUAUCUCUGUAUGCUGAUUAUUAAUUUUGUGCGAACUCUGCCCUGGUAUCUGUACUGAUGAAGGACAGGCUGAUAAAUCCUUCAAAUAUAUAAAGUAAAAUAGCCUAGGGAUAGGGAGCCUAUGGCUCUCCCAGUGUUGCUGGACUACAGGUCCUAUCAUCCCUCACCAUUGGCUAUGCUGCCUGGGACUGAUGGGAGCUGCAGUUCAGCAUCAUUUGGAUGGCCACAGCUUCUCCAUCUGUGGUAUAUUAGAAAAUGGGAGCCGCAGCUCAGAUACUUCUGGUUCACAGCUAUGCCUUUGAAUGGCCUGAACCAAAUUUGCAUGCUCUCAGUUUUAUUUCCCUAUGUGUGAUUUGGGGGUGAUUAUGGCAGGGUGAAUGUGAUAAGCAAGGUAAAGUGGGCAGUGUCAUUUCCUUAGGGGAUGUGGCCUCAACUGCAUGUUUAAACAACAACUGGGUGAGGCAUCCCUUGAAUUUCUGAGCAUGCUCUGCUCAUUGGCUUUCCAUAAACCCUGCAAAUAAGAUCCUAGAUCCUCAGUCAGCCUAUAUCUGCCUGAGGGUGUGUUGGAAAUGGCUGUUUUGAGCUGUGAUCCACAAAGAGGUCCAAGCAGUCAGCCUGUACAGCAGCUGUGCUCCCUUCCUCGAACUGAUAGCAUCCUGGAUCUUUUCCCAGCUAGAGUUUUGAGUUUUGGGGUAUCACCCCUGGAUGCUACUUUUCAGCUGCCCAGCUGGUCAUCUCAUUAAAUAUACUGUGGGCAGCUUUGGUUAAUGAGGGAGGUUUUGUAGGGUGAUAGAGGGUAGGGUUGUGUCUACUUUAUGGAUUUUUAAAGUACAAAUUCUGUGCCUAAUAAAUUUUGCAACGCAGUAUAUACAUUGCACAGACUGAGCAAUUCUUCCACAUUCUUGUAGACUAGUAACUUUUGUGGCGUUUUUGAAGGACUGUUGUUUAUAAGAAGGUACUGGGUGACAUUCUGUCUCUCUUUCUCUCAUUCCAGAAUGGGAAUGGAAAGUGGGAAAUGGGGACCUUUGACACUGAAUAGAACUGCUUAAACAUUGCAGAAACCAAACUUUUUUCUUUUCUUUUUUUAAUUUCUUCUCAGCCGGCCUUGGGACAUCCGGAGUCCAAGCCCAACACAAAGUCCAACAUGCUACGAGGCCGCGGCCCAGUUACCUCCGCUGAUGAGCAGCCACACAUUGGGAACUACCGCUUGUUGAAGACGAUUGGGAAGGGCAACUUCGCCAAGGUCAAACUGGCACGGCAUGUCCUGACAGGGAAAGAGGUGAGAGGGGGGAAGCAAGAGCAAUGGGGGUCUUUUGCUUAUGCAGGCAACCUCCAAAGAUGUGAGGGAAUGAGAGUCUAGUUCUCCAACCAACAAUGCUCUUAAAAAGAGAGAUGUGGGGAAAUCAAAUUCUGCAACCAGAAAAGCUGGCUUCUGUGUCCUGUCUCAGUGGUUUAGGUUAAAGCACAAUUUUACUCAGAUCUGAUUAUCAUAGUUCUUAGUGUUGGGCUUGGAGUUUCUAGGCUCAGCUGGGGUGCAGAAGUAGGAGAGGGACAGGCCAAUGAAUACCUGGAGUGAACGGGUAAGAAGUAGAAAGGUUAAGAAGGGAAGUGGGGAGACACACACAAAAUGUGUGUUUGUUGUGACAAACCUCCAUAACCUUGAGGACUAGUAACUUGCUUUACAAAUAAGCCUCUCUUGUAACAGCAACAACAAAAGCCAAGGUUCUCAGGAGAGCUAGUUCUGCACUAGCAGUAAUAAUUAACACUUUUGUGUGCCUUUUUGAGUGUUGAAAGAACUUGCCUUACAUUAUCUCAGUCCACAGAACAAGCCUGUAAGGUAGCACAGUGUUAUUAACUGAAAAAAGAUGGAAUGGUUGAGGCUGAGAGGGGGUGGCCUAUUGAGCCACCUAGUGAGUUUGAUGAGAUUUAAAUGGAUAUAUCUCCCAUCCUUAGCUGCUGUGCUGCAUCAGCACUCACUGCACUCACUUUAUAUAUGUAAAGGGCCCUUUGCUUGUUGAGUCAUGUAUAAAUUGAUUUAUAAUCCUUCCUAUCCACAAGGGCUCUGGGCAGAUGACCUUUAUAAGCACUGCGGCUUGGCCCCCAAGAGCCUCUUGAACGAGCAUAAGGUGCAGUUAGUCAGUGGGGCCAGUUGUCACUGUCUCUGCUCCACCAUUCUUCAACUCUGAAGAGGUCCCCUAACCUUCAGAAGCAGCUGGGUGGGUUGGGGUGGCAUUCGUAGCUGCUGCUGCAGCAGUAAGAGGAGGAGACAGGAAAGCCCAAUAGCACAAGUCAAAAUCUCAUUGUCAUUCUUAGGUUUAAAGCCAGUACAUUGCAUCUUAAAAAAAAAAAAUUCUCUCUCACUGCGUAUGGAUUUUGUUUUGUUUCUAAAACCACAUUUUAGCAGUAAAAACAUACUACUGAAAUAAAAUCUUUAUCUCCGGCCACUGAAGUGCCUGUCCAAAUGAGAACCCCACUCCACUCUGAACCACACCAAAGUCAUUGUACCAAAAUAGCCUGUACUGGUUUUCCUCUUGAGACGUUGGCAUGCUGCAUCUACUGUACCACACUCCCUUCUGUUAGUGAAGCACUUUGAACAUACCACACACCCCAAGCUUUUUCCAGGGCUAGUUCUGAGGAACUAACAUGCAGCCUUGGAAAAAAAAGAGCCAACUUUUCCAUUUGCAAAGUUUUCAGAUGCUCUCUACCUUCUCCUCCUGAGUAUUUCAGCCAGUGUGGGGAGAGUCUGCAGUCCCCCCUUCCCACUGCUCAUCAAGAUGGAAUCUGCUGCCCUGUGGGGCAGACAGUUUUCUGGACUUGGUAAUUUUUCCAAGCAGCUGAACUCAGCUUCCUGGAAGCUUGUAAGCACAUGCUGCAGGCAAUUCUCUGAUGAGGAUCCUUGAGGGAAAUACCUGCUUCCACUGAAGAGAGCAGGAGUGGCUUGGCUGAAGCUGACCUGCCCACCUUGUUUGUUCUUCCUCUACUAAAUCACGUCCUGCACUCUUGUCUGAGGUCCCUGGCGACUCGGUGCCAUACAUAUGGAAGGCUCUGCAUGAGGAAUAGCCAGUUCUUUCCCCUUCUGGCUGAGUUUUCGCACAUAGCAUGCGAUAAGGGCCAUACUGGCACCUUUCCUGCCAGGACAGGCACUCAGUGAUGUAACAGGCAGGAAGGGCAGGCUGCGGGAGGCCUGAUGGGAAAUAAGGAAGAAGCCAAAUGGCUUCAUUAGGCGAAUUGUAGCUUAGACUAAGCACCAGGCCCCAAGCUUUGGAGAGGAGGAAGCCUGAGAUGUUUGGCUGCUCCUGAUUAUUAAGGGAAAGGCCAUAGCUCAGUGAUAGAGCACAUGCUUUUCAUGCAGAAGCUCCCAGAUACAGUACCUGGCAUUGCUAGUAAAUAUUCCUGUCCAAAACCCUGGAACACUAUGGCUUGAUUCUGAGCCAGAUGAAUCAGUGGUCUGACUCCAUAUUCUGCUGCAUGUGUAGACUAGGCCUCAGAUUAAAGAUUGUAUUCAGUGUUUGUUGUAUUCAGAGUAGACCCAUUGAGAUUAAUGGACAUGAUGAACUUAGAUCAAUUAAUUUCCAUUGGCUAUAACCCUAAAGGCUUUCUGUUGGCUUAAGGUCUUAGCGGUGAGUGAAACCACAGAUACUCAACUUUUGGAGCUUCCCAGUUAGAUUCCUGCAGUUCCUGGUGCCAAACAUCCAUCCACCCACCAUUUCUUUAAGGGGGAGUGAGUUGUAGGUGCAUCCGCUUCCUCAUUCCCAUCUUAAAGCAGCUUUUGAGAAAUUCUAGUUGCUGAUCAGAGCUUUCCACAACUGACUGGUCAUGUCUGAUACAGCUCUGAAGUUACACUGGGGCGCCUAGUUUCGUACCUAACAGGGCUCUUUUAACUAGUGACUUCGUCAUGCCUCUCUCUCUUGCCCUAGCGUCAUGGAAUGCUGUUCCUCCUGAAUUUUUUUCCUAGGUGUAGCAUUUGCCAGAAUAUCUCUCUCUCUCUCUCUCUCUCUCUCUCUCUCUCUCUCUCUCUCUAAAAAAACAAAAACCAGGCUUUUAGUCCUCUAUUUAUGGAGGUACUUUAAAAGGCCUGCAGGGCAGUGGUUGCAAAGGGCCUGUCAUUUCUGUAAUUUGCACGACUGUCUGUUACUCCUGUGCAUCCUUCACAUUGCAUCUUCCUGCUUACACCCCCUCCCCCCCCAUCACCACUGCUCUGUUUUGUCACAGGAGCACAGAAUUCUGUUAAAAAUGUGAAAGGUUGUGUUUUGGAGUAAACUAUCCCUAAUCAGCUAGCUUUGCACAUGCAUUUUAAUUGACUUUCAGGGUUUUUAAUUUUUAAUUUUGAUUUAUUUUUUUUGUGGUGCAUGAUUAGGGAUUCCAUGAAGUGGAAUCAGAAGUCUUUUAAAUGCAAGGGGGUGAGCUUGCCAGGGGAAACUGGAGCACUGAUAUUGCUUUGAGUCCCUAUGCUCGUUACAAUCAUUCCCUGCCACUUGACAAGAGCUGCAAUUACCAGCCUUGUUCCGAUCGACUGGAGUUGCAGCUGGCCUGGUUCCAUCUCUUGUUUUGCGGGUUGCUGGCUAUGUUUCUCUUAAUGCUCACUCACACACCAUCCCCAAACCCAACUAAUUGAAAUUACAUAGGAUUGUGGCAUGUUUGACCUAUGAGCACCAUAGGAAGCUGUCUUAUACUGAGUCAGACCGUUGGCCCAUGUAGCUCAGUACUGACUACACUGACUGCGAGCAGGUUCAGACAUUGUUGUCUGCCAGGUCUGCCUGGAGAUGCAGGCAUUUCUGUUUUGUAAAUGUAAGAAUUGCCCUUGCUGGCUGACGCAAGGCCCAUCUAUUUGAACAUCCAGGGCAGGACCCUGGACUUGAGAGACGUCAAGAUGGAAGGAUAUAGCUUAUAUGCUGCCGCCCAGCUUCUAACACCCCAAAACCCCUAGUGGUGACAGCAGCAGGUUCUGGAAAACUGAGCUGCCUUUCUGUACAUGCAAGUCUGUUCCUUGAUAGUGUCUCUAGAUCAGUGACCCGUGAAAAGAUGUUUAGGAGACUGAAAUUCUGCCUUGUGUCUUAAUUGCCCGUCCUUGUAACAGCCCGCCUAGAGAGCAAUAGCUGUGCAGGCAGCCAUUUAGCAAGUGGUGUAAUGGGGAGUGUUUUGAACAUCCACCCACUCAAGACAAUACAUCUCCCAGAGUGUCUUAUUAGCACAGUGUCUGGGGAAACUGCAGCGGAAUGCACCAUGAGCCUUCUCUCUCUCUCUCUCUCUCUCUCUGUGUGUGUGUGUGUGGCUGCUUUAGGCUUGAAACAGUCAUUGCAGAAUGAUUUCCCCUCCUAGAUGGAACUGUCCAUGUAAGGGCCAAUGUGAUGUCAUGGCUGAGGGUGUGAGGACCUUGAUCAAAUGUUGCCUUGGCCACAAACCCCUGAGAUGGCUUUAAGUCAGCCACACUCCUCUGCAUCAUGGGCACAAUUGUGCUAUUGCUGAUGCAAUGUUGCAUGCGAAAGCACUCUUGAACGCUCAGGGAAAAUGCUGUGUAAAUAUGAAGAAGCACUGUGUCCUUGUAGCUACAGGGUUUGGGUUUAAAUCUCCGCCCGCAAAGAAGCUUGCAGCUGACCUUCAGUCUUGGAGAGGGCAUGAGGUAUAAGAAAAGUAAUAAAUAGGAAUAAGUAAUCAAACAAACACUUUACUGAUUCCAUCUCUGAACCAAGCCCAGGUGGUCAUGCAGUGUGCUGACCUGGUCCUGAAGCAGCUACCAACAUUCUGCACUAAGACCCCAAAACUGUGGAAAACAUUUGCAAUCAGGGUUAAUAGCCAGCCUCCUGAAUGAUUAGCCCCACUCUGAUAGCAUUACUGUUACACUUGACCUGUGUCCAGAAAUGAGCUUCCAGAAUGACUUGGGUUCUUAAAAUUCAUUUUUAAAAAGCUAGGGAUGCUUCAAAGAAGCCCCUGUGUUCAGAUACACGGUUACAGCUCACAUACCUGGCAGGGGCAAUGGUGUUGUACCAUUGAGAAUUAGCAAAUGCCCAGGUCACCUGUUAUGCAUCCUUUACAUCAAUUAACAAGACAGACUAACAUGACCUUUCUUUGUGUCCUUCCAUCCAGGUGGCUGUGAAAAUAAUUGAUAAGACGCAGCUGAACUCCUCCAGCUUACAGAAGGUAAGGAGUGUGUGGGUAGUUUUGAUUUUUAUACACUUAACUGAGGAUCUAUGGUCUGAAGCUCAACAUCAAAAAAACGAAGAUCAUGGCCACUGGUCCCAUCACCUCCUGGCAAAUAGAAGGGGAAGAAUUGGAGGCAGUGAGAGAUUUUACUUUCUUGGGCUCCAUGAUCACUGCAGAUGGUGACAGCAGUCACGAAAUUAAAAGACGCCUACUCCUUGGGAGAAAGGCGAUGGCAAACCUAGACAGCAUAUUAAAAAGCAGAGACAUCACCUUGCCAACAAAGGUCCAUAUAGUUAAAGCCAUGGUUUUCCCAGUAGUGAUGUAUGGAAGUGAGAGCUGGACCAUAAAGAAGGCUGAUCGCCAAAGAAUUGAUGCUUUUGAAUUAUGGUCUGGAGGAGACUCUUGAGAGUCCCAUGGACUGCAAGAAGAUCAAACACAUCCAUUCUUAAGGAAAUCAGCCCUGGGUGCUCACUGGAAGGACAGAUCGUGAAGCUGAGGCUCCAAUACUUUGGCCACCUCAUGAGAAGAGAAGACUCCCUGGAAAAGACCCUGAUAUUGGGAAAGAUGGAGGGCACAAGGAGAAGGAGACGACAGAGGACGAGAUGGUUGGACAGUGUUCUUGAAGCGACAAACAUGAGUCUGACCAAGCUGUGGGAGGCAGUGGAAGACAGGGGUGCCUGGCGUGCUCUGUUCCAUGGGGUCACGAAGAGUCGGACACGACUAAACGACUAAACAACAACUGAGGAUCAUUGUAGGAUUGUGUGGCACGCUUUUGCUAUCUCAUUGGGUUUGCUCUUGUGAAACUGCUCACUCUUUGUUCCACAUACUGAGAGAGUAGGGACUUUGUAUUUAUUUGUAAAUGCACGAAAAGAUUUCAUGCUGGUUUGGUGUUUGAUGAAGUCUCUGUCCGUGAUAGGCUGAGGUUUCCAUGAUGUCACAGAAUAGCCGAGCAUUGGAGGCUCUGACUGCCAUUGGCUAUUGGGCAGCUUUGGAAAGGGGUGCUGGAGUAGAAGAAUCCAGGGAGAAAAAGAGGAGAGAUGAGAGGAUACAUGUGAAAAUGUCCAAAGCUUGGAGCUCUGCAUAAACAUCCUGUCUCUGGGGAAUGUCCAGUCCUGAAAUUGGUGAUCUGCUGACAACCGACAACCUAGGAUUCCCUUUCUUUUCUCCCAGCUGUCCAGACCCACUUCGUUCUCUUUUUUUCUUUUUCUUGCCUUCAGCAUGCUUCCUGCAUCCUCUCCCUCUCUCCUUCAUGAUUCUUUGCCCAGGGCAGUGAAGCUCCCACACCCAAGACCAGGCACCCCCUGACAGCAUUGCCCCAUAUAUGCUGGGCUGGAUCCUUAUCACCCCACAUAUUUUCUGGCCCUGCAUUUGGCAUCACAUAUGGUGUCAUGCUUAGGCCAGGUGAGUCUGACUUGACCAAAAGAGCCUGGUGGGCCAUAUAGGGGUGUGUGGUGGGCUUAAUUGGGGGGCAGAGGUUGCACAUCUCCACCCUAUAUCAAAACAUUUAACCCUGUACAGAUGGCAGAGGCUCUGUUUACCUUUUUUCCUCCUCCUCCCUGCAUUGGGGAAAACUGUUCAGCCUGAUAAAAGAUAAGGCCAGAGAGCAAGCAAUUCAGCGCAGACUUAUCUGUCCUCCUCCACCUCCUCUCCCCAUUUCUCUCCAUCUGCACCCUUUGUCAGCCCAGAGAAGCAUCUUAGCUGCUGCUCCCCUACUUGGCUGCCCUUUGAUAUAAUACCCCACCUCUCAUCAGAGUUGGGCUUGUGUCUGGCUGAGACCCGAUAUUAGCCUCGCCGUGUCCCCACAGUGGUGUGCACACAGCCUGCAGACAUUGCACCUGUCAGCAGCAGCAGCAGCCAGUGGCUAAAGUGAUGACCGCAGAGCCAGUUGGACUUUGGGUCCUGUUUGUUUCCGGGCCUGACACAGCCAGCCAGUCCCACUGCGACUCUGCUUGUCAGUGGCAGCAGCAGCUGCUGACGCGGCCUUGUAAACAAAAGGCUGAGCGAGCCAGCUGGGUUUUCUGUUUCUGCAGCAGCUCCCUGGAUCUCAGAGCAGAAGCUUCCCUCUCCAGCCCAGAUUGCCUUCCCACCUGCUGAAGCUUUCAGCACUGCCUUUCAGCUUGCUGGUGGCUGAAGGUGGGGCUUGACCUCUCUUUCCCCGGCAGCAUACCAGCAUGGAAUUGCUUCCCUUGAGCAGUUUGGUUCUGCUUUGGAGGCUUCGUGGUGGUGGCUGGCUUGCCAGGAGAAGCCCGUUCUAUCCACAAGAGGCUGGCCCUCGCAACAGCUAAAAGAGACCACAAAGUCACCAACCCCGUAUGCUGUGACUGCAAUUGAGAGCAAACUUGAAGCAGCAAAAACAUUGCAGGGAGAAUAAACUCCAGGAGGGUCAAAGGUUUUUCUCCCAGCCUUCACCAGUGACCAAAUUUAUGGGCAUUGCAUGCUAAUCCCAGUGCUUGGAAGUGUCCUGCUGAGAAUAGCUCUGGGGUAUUAGUUGAGGCUUUAGGUUUCUAGUGGCAGCUGUAUUGUAAACUUCAGAGCAUGGCCUCCCCAUGUGAAGUGCGGUUAUUCUGAGGAUUUUUGCUUCCUCUCUUCUCCCUACCUCUUAAAAAAAGGUUGUUUAUCCCUACUAGUUCACAGAGUGCACCCAGAGCUAGUGGCUGGGCUGUGGGUCAGUAUAGUUCACUCAGUAUAGUUCACUGCCCCUUAUCCUGACACUUGUGUUGCUAUUAACAAUUGCUUGCAAAAAUUUCUAGACCACCAACAUUAAGAAAAAAUACCAUGGAGGUUCACAUUAUAAAAUCAAUAAUAAGAUUAUAUUCCUGAAACAAUUGUAGACACCACCCCCCCUCUCCAUUUCUUCCCUGCUUUUGUCUUGAUCUCUGUCCCACCCACCACCCAGCCUAGGAUGGGACAAACUAUACCAUAUUUUGUCUGAAAAAGUCAUUUUGUGUAAUAAGACUCAGUAAUGAAAAAUAAAGAGAGAUCAAGUUGCAUAUCUUCUUACUUGUUCCUUUAAAAUAUUUAUAACCUACUCUGCCGUCCAUCGAGAUCUGCAAGGUAACGUGACGGCCCUUUCAAUUUUGCAGGAUUUUGCCUGCUUCUAGGCCCAAACCUCUGGCAUUGCUUUAAGCCAGUGAUGGAAAGGCCUGUGGAGCCCUUCAGAAAUUGCUGGACUCCCAUUCCCCAUCGGCCCCAGGCAGCGUGGUCUGGAAAUGACGGGUGUUGUCAGUCAGCAACAUCUGGAGGGCCACAGGUUCCCCAUCCCUGCUUCAGGUGAAUGGUUUGCUCUCACUCACUCCCUCAGCCAGCACAGGAGAGAGAUGCAUUACUGAAGACUGGAGAUUGCAGCUAGCUUUCUUUCUUUCUUUCUUUCUUUCUUUCUUUCUUUCUUUCUUUCUUUCUAGCAUGCUGCUCUGUUGGUAGCAAGGUAGCCGUCCCCAUGUUGCUUCCCAAAUGUUCCUUCUGCUGUUCCCACCGCAGGCGCCUGGACUGCGUAGGUGUCUCAAGCACAUGGACUCCUCCACGAGAGGAAGGAAUGUUGCUGCAAAGAUAAAUCCCCCCCCUCUCCCUCUCCCUCUCCCUCUCCCUCUCCCUCUCCUUCUCUCUCAGUCAGCUGCAAUGGGUUUUUCUCAAAACCCUUUCCCUGAAAGAAAUCCUUUAUAGCUUUCUUCCUCAGGAUGAUGGAUGGGGACCAGCAUGCUCAAUGUACUUGAGAGAGGAUGGCUGCCCAGGAGGGCAGUUCCUGUUUGCACUGGUGUGGGCUCACUUGAAACAGUUCAGGCCUUCCUGUGGUUAACCUCUCGCUGGUUAGCAACCAUCUUGCAAACAUGCCAGUCAUUCCCCCACAGUGCUGCUCUGCAGACCGGGAGGUGCCUUGAAAGGCAUCAUUGCAACUGCCCAGGUGGGUGGAGGAAGAGUGUGGAGCUGGUGCUUAUGCUGGGCCUUAGGCAAAGUGUUGUUCAAGUUAGACAAAAUCCUGGAGGCUAAGGCUUCUGUCAGUGGCUGCUGGCCACAACGGCUGUGCUCUCUCUCUCUCCACUCUGAGGCAACCAGUUGCUGAGAAUCAUAAGUGGGGAGAGUCAUUGUUGCACUAGGGUCUUGCUUGCAUGUGUUUGGCCGCUUUAAGAACAGAGUGCUGAGAUGGUCCGGCAGGGGUCUUCAUCUGUUCCUCUCCUCAUAAUCCUCUAUCUCAGUGCCACAGGCCCCACCCAAGCGGCCAGAUUUCAGCCAAUCGGGAAAACGUCUCGUAUGUGCAAUGUUCUGUCAACACCUGUCAGCUGCAUCCCUCUCUUGAGCCAAAAGUGCUUUCUGCUUACAUUGGUUGGGCAUCCGGUGCACCUGGCCCAGAAGCCUCCUUGCUGGCAGCCUGGGCAGACAUCUGCCUGUCUAGUAGGCUGCCAGCUUUGCCAUAUCUCCCAGACGCCUCCUCUUCGCCGUCUUGGUUUCAGAAGUAAUUUAUAGAGCUCUUCCCUGGAACGGUCAUUGGGGAUCUCACCAGCUACUUAAUUGCUGUGGACUCAAAGCCGAGGGAACUGAAUCAUUGGAAAUCCAGCAGGGCCAGGCAGGCAGUGUCUAGGGUCUUGCAGAAACUACUCAUGCAGCCAGCGUGCUUGUAGGGUUCCUCCUUCCCCCAACUAUGCUGGUGGUUUUUUUUUUACAUGUGUGUAUAAGCUCUGCAACUCCAUCCAAGAGCACGGAAGCUAAAAUGCAGCCCUCAACGUUUCAGGAUUGAGGUGGAGCUAUACUGGGAGUCAGGGCAGAGCAGGGUGCCGACCCCUCCCCAAGAUUGGGAUGGUUUUUCAUCUUCAGAGCCCAUCGCUAUCUUGUCCUCCCCUCACAUGUCAGAGUCCUCAACAUCUAGGCACACAGGUUAGGAACUGGGGCCGGGGGUGGAAGCCGGCAGCUGGAAUAUCCAUCUGCCUCCAGCUUCUGGACCAAGGCAGGAUCUGAGCUGUGAGCUGGUAGUGGUGUUUUUCUCCAGCAGCAAAGGGAUUUAUUUGCCUGAACAGCUGCUCGUGGGCUUGGGAGGGUGGGGGUCUUCCCUCCUGCAUCAGCCCAAGCAUCUGUUCCUUGCGCUAAGGAGAUGAAGUGUCACAGGAGACCCGCCCUUUAGGGCUGCAGAGCCAACUGCCUGACGUUCACCAACCAGAUCCUGAGCAGAAAACCCUUUUCUCCCCACCCCCUGCCACAUCCUUUUAUAAAUAAAGGAAAUAUUAUAGGGAAGUUACACUCCUUAUUUAUCAUAACUGUGUUGAGUUUGAACCUGGCCCCUUUGAUCUCCUGUCUCAAGCCAAUGCCGGGCAGGGGUGGGGGAGAGCUGUGUGUUCGCCACCCCCACCUAUCCCUCCGGCUCAAUUAUUAGCGGCUUAUUACCCAGGCUCAUUGCAGGCAAUCGGAUUGCCUUUUUUUAAUUAACAGAUUACUGUAACACAUUAUCCUUAAAAAAUGUCUAAUCCAAGGAGAACAAAGAUUGGGGCAAGGUUGUGGGAGGGAGGGCACGUUCUGACCAAGUUUGAGGUUUUGGAGAAUGUGAUAUUUGGCAGAUUUUUAGAGUGUAGAGCGGACCACCAAAGGCCACCCCAUUCAGCCACUUCCUGCAAGGUCGGAGCAUCCGGCCAGUUGCCCCAGAUGUCUUUAAGCCAGGCUUUUCCCAAUCUGGGGCUGAUGCAAGUUGUACUUCACAGCAUCAGGCAGCUGCCAGGUUGGGAAAGACUUAAGCUAAGGGGCAUAGGACUCUUUGUGCCUGUGUAAAUCCACCUGCAUUGAUCCUUCUGUUUCUGCUCUGCUCUUCUGUUUCUGCAGCUCUUCCGGGAAGUGCGAAUAAUGAAGGUUUUGAAUCAUCCUAAUAUAGGUGAGCCCCCUUCCAUUCCCCCUUCCCCUCCCUUUUGCCACUGGAUUUUGAUGUACUUAAACAGUAUAUUCUGACCUGUAAGGCACUUAAUUUCCAAAAGGGUAAUUGAGAGAGAGUCCCUGAGGCUUUCCUACCUCUGUGGCAAUUCUUCUGAAAGCCUUUAAGUGAGUGGCUGUUGCUGCUUCGUCAUGCGGCAGUGAAUUCCACACAUUAAUUACCUCUAAUGUUCAGGAGUGCUUCCUCUUUGUCUGCACUGAACGAACUGCCAGGCCGUUUCAUCACGCAGGAGAGAGGAAGAGCACUUUCUCUCUGAGCCUUUUGUAAUUUUUUGUAGUCUGCCUCCGCCUUCCCCGCCCUUAAAAGUCUUCUGUCCUCUUGUCUUGCAGUUAAAUUAUUUGAAGUAAUAGAGACAGAGAAGACACUGUACCUCGUCAUGGAGUAUGCCAGUGGGGGUGAGUGUUUGAUCUGAAGCCUCUUUGAAAGACACGUUGUGGGGAACCUUAUUCCAAGAGUCUAUGUGGUGUAUUUCAAUAUAUUCGUAGCUUACUUUCCCCAGAUUGUGCUGGACUGCGGCUUCCAUCGUCCUCAUCCAGUUGAACCCGGUGGUCAGGGAUUAUGGGAGUUGUAGGUUAACAUCAUUUGGGGGCCCAGGUUUAAGAACAAUGGCGUAUUUGGUUUCAAUUGUCGGACUGGGGUGACCAAGGUUCAAAUCCUCACUCAGCCAGGAAGCUCAUUGGGUGACCAGUCUCUUUCUCACACACACAUACUCUCUCUGACCUACCUCAUAGGGUUGUCAGGAGAAUAGAAUGGAGGGGCUUCUCCUGAGCUCUUUAAAUAAAGAAUGAGAUAUAUCCCUAGAUCUGUCACAUUCUUCUCCCAGUUCUCCCCUUUCGGCCCAGAGACAGAAGAAGAAUCACAGGGUGGGGUCACAGCUAGCUUCACCUUCUCCCUCAUCACAUAAUUUGGGAGGUGAGACAUGUAUCCUGUGACAUACUAGUUAUAGAAUGGAAGGUGCACUGAGUCAGGUCAGUGACCCAUCUUAGCUCAGGACCAUCUACUUAACUGGCAGCGGCUCACCAGGGGGCUUUUUCCCCAUAGACAGCAAGGUGUGCACUGAUAGUGUUGUAUGCCAUUUAGUACAGUGUUUGAACAGUAAGUACAUGCAGGCACACCUCAUCUUAUUGCAGCUUAUUUCAGGCACAGCUACAGGCAGCUUGGCUGCUUCCAGGAGAAGGAAGCCCCCUGCCGCCGUCGCCCCUCUCCUGGCCAUGGGAGUGGAGCUGGCUAGGGCUGGAGAUGGGUUUUCCCCGUCCCACCACUGCAGUCAGGUGGACCUGGCUUAAUAGACUGCAGUAUAGUGUAGUCAUAAGUUUUGUAUGCCCUGGGAAACAAAAUUGUGUGGCUCACUUUAUUGCGAUAUUUGCUUCAUUGCGGCGGUCUGGAACCAAACCCGCAACAUCUCCGAGGUGUGCCUGUAAAUGUUCUAAAUACCACAUCCUAGAGGGUUUUUUUUGAAAGUGCCUAUCUGUAGGUAAGUUUUAUCUCCCUCCUCUCUUUCUUCCCCCGCCCCCUGGUGACUCUUGACAGAGGCUUUGCUGAGUUUAAGGGUUGCCCUUUUUUUUUAAAGCAGGCUCUGAAUCUCUGGAGGCAAUCUUGCCAGUUUUGUGCAAAUGUCACGCGGUCUGUCGGGAAACACAAAGGCCUUUAGAAAUGCCAUUGCCAUUACUGGUGGGCCCUAGACAAUUGCAGGAGAUGGACGGAACACAUCCUACUCACCAGGCAGGCAGUGCCUGGAGACAGCCAUCCGUGGGGCAUGGCUCUCUUUCAAGAUGAAGCUGUAGUGACUUAUGGAAAGACUCAUUGUAACAUAGGAAGUCGCCUUAUACCAGCCUCGACUAUGUGGGGCUGUCUAGCCCAGUGCAGGGUCCCUGGAAGAGAAAAAGUGUCUCUCCCUUUACCUGAUACUUUGAACCUGGGAUCUACUUCAUGCCAAGCCGGUGAAUGCUGCUUCCUUCUUUGGAACAUAGGCAACUGCCCAAUACCAUGCCAAACUAUUUGUUCAUCCAACACAGUCAACUGUGGGAGGAAUUCAACAUUCCGCAUUUCCAGUCACUCUGUCAGCAUAAGCAUGUCAGCUUGCCAGACAGAACCACCUUCCCUCUCCUCCCCGCUCCCCAUAUGCUGGUCUGGGGUUUCACCUGACCCCCACCCCAAGCCAAUUUCAUGGGUGCAUGGGGGAGGAGAUGGGGGGAAGCCCCAUUGUGCAAACCAUUGCUCAGGGUUUCCACUGGGAGAACUCAUUAGGUGAAUCUUGCUCUCUGACUGACAGUGGUUCUCCAAUUGUCUCGUGCAGAGAAAGGUCCUUCCCCGUCACCUGCUGCCUUCCUAUUUAAUUGGAGAUAAUGAGCGUUGAACCUGCCACUGAGGUCUUGUCCCUUCCUUAGAACACAGCCUUGGCCUGGUAUUUAUCUGUCUAUCCCAGUACUCUGAACAGCAUUUCACUAGGGCGGGCAUCCCCAAACUCUGCCCUCAAGCUGUUUUGGGACUACAGUUCCCAUCAUCCCUGACCACUGGUCCUGUUAGCUAGGAAUGAUGGGAGUUGUAGUCCCAAAACAGCUGGAGGGCUGAGUUUGGGGAUGCCUGCUCUAGGGUCUGUAACAGAGCAGAGGCUUCCCCAUCACUUAUCUGAUCCUUCCAAACCCCCCCCCCCCACAAAAAAGUGACUGGGAUUGAAUCCAGGGUCUUGUUCAUGUCAAGCAAGUGUUCUACUGCUGAGCUAUGGUGAGAGAAGUGGCUGAGACUUCUGAAAAGUACAGCUGGACUGGUGUGCUCUGCUCCUCCAGGCCCAAGUGGAAUCUGCUCCUGAGUUUUGUUAUUCUCGGUGAUGGCAAAAAAUGGGGGUGGGGGGUAGAGGAGGCACAGGAUGGAGGGCAAUGUUCUAAGUCCUUUCCUCUGACAUCCCCCACACACAACCUCAGCACACACACAAGCUCAGCAUCAGACUUUCACCGAAACUCCCAAGUAACAUUAUGCUUCCCUGUUGCGCCCCCUGCAGGUGAGGUGUUCGACUAUUUAGUAGCCCAUGGAAGAAUGAAAGAGAAAGAAGCACGGGCAAAAUUCCGACAGGUUGGUGCUGUACCCUUCUUGAACUGCGGGAAGCAAACAGUGUUUAUAGGGCCCCAGCAGCUGCCCAGUAAAUAUGAAAGUGGGGCUUGAUGCUUUCUGUGGUGAAGAUCCAUGUAAUUCCAUCCCCCGCCCCCCAGCAGUUCUAUUAUUCACACACAGCCCACAGGCAUAUGGGGAUACAUUGCAGAAAAUCGAUUCCCACACUUCUGGGGACUGUGAUUAAAGGGCACUGCAUCUGGAUUGCGUCUGUCAUGAAGCAACACAAACCUCCCCCCUGACCUCUCUGUCCUCUUGUCUUCCAGAUAGUUUCUGCUGUGCAGUACUGUCACCAAAAAUUCAUUGUACAUAGAGACUUGAAGGUGAGUAUAAAUGCUGAAAAUGCUUCUGGGGCAAGAGUUUGUAAAGCUCUUUGUUUACCCUGUGCAAAUGCUGGAUUUCCCAUUGGAGGUAAAACGUGGUGUUGUUGGCCCAUUGGCUUCCCCAGCCUGACUUGCCUUUCGCCUCCCUUUGCAGGCAGAGAACCUGCUCUUAGAUGCCGACAUGAACAUUAAAAUUGCAGACUUCGGUUUCAGCAACGAGUUCACGUUUGGCAACAAGCUUGACACCUUCUGCGGGAGCCCCCCGUAUGCUGCCCCUGAGCUUUUCCAGGGCAAGAAGUACGACGGCCCCGAGGUGGACGUCUGGAGCCUAGGGGUUAUCCUUUACACACUGGUCAGCGGCUCCCUGCCCUUUGAUGGGCAGAACCUCAAGGUAAGGGAGUUGUGGAGGGCGAGGAGAAUGGUUUACAGCCUCAAGAGGUUGGCAGCAUAAUUGCAACUUGAGGCUGGCUAUCCCAGUAUUGAGGGAACAACCUCUGUGGAUUCCCAGUUGUGCCAGUCAGACUGAGCUGUGGAAGAAGUUGCCUCGGCAAUGGACCAGGGCCACCCAAAGGCUUCAGGGCCUUCCAGUAUCUUCACUCCCUUCUGUGCAUGUGUGUUAGGAUCAGGGCAUCUUCCCUUAGAACAGGUAUAGGAAGCCUUUUGCUCUCCAGAUGUUGCUGAGCUAUCUCUCUUGGUCACUGGCCAUGCUUGCUGUAACCAAUGCAAAUUGUUGUUCUGCAACAUCUGGAGGGUCAAAGGCUCCCCUGCACCUGCAAUUGAGUUACGUGCGGAAUUGCUGCUCAUUCCCUCCCCUUUCCCUCUGCAGGAGCUGCGAGAACGGGUCUUGAGGGGGAAGUACCGGAUCCCCUUCUACAUGUCCACGGACUGUGAGAACCUGCUGAAAAAAUUCCUCAUCCUCAACCCUAGCAAGAGAGGCACUUUAGAGGUGAGGAGACAGGACUGGGGACCAGGUGGGCUGGGCAGGAGGGAGGCCGGCAUCCGCUUGUGGAAUCGUACACCACACCACCCAUCAUUUUGGAGUUCCUACUGUCGUGCCAUCUAGUCAUAGGAAGGUGCCUUCUUCCAAAGCGCGGACCAUUGAGCCGUCAAGUUCAGUAUUGUCUCUACAGACUGGCAGAACUUCUCCCAAGGUUUCAGGCUAGGAGUCUUUCCCAGUUCUGUUCAGAGUUGCCAGGGAUGAAACCUGAGACCUAGCUUGUUCUCACUGGUGAAGUGGUAGCAGUUUUCCAUACAGGGCAAGACAGGUCCCUGGGCAGCUUCCGGUGGAUUCUGCUGACUGAGCUAUGGAAGAUGCUGCCUCAGCAAAGGGCCAGAGUCAAUCCCAAGACUUUAGAAGGCUGACACAGCCUUCUAGUGGUUCCCCACUCCGAUUAAAGCUAUCUAGAAUUGGGACACAAUUCUGUGGCCACAUGCUGCUGGGCAGCUGCUGAGCAAGAGAUGUUACAAGGGACUCAUCCCUAGAGUUUGAAGGUGAUGGGAGAGCCAGGAUGGUGCUGUAGUGGGCUGCUGAGGGGUCCCUCCCCCAAGUGGGUUGAUUUGUGAGCUAUCUGAAUUAGUCCUGCUGGGGCAACACUGGGGUUUGGAUGCCAGGGACAUGAGAGGACUUACUGAAUGCAAAAUAUGUGCUGUCAUUGCCUUAAAUCAGUAGUUUUGGCUAGACCCCCCUCAGUUUGGAACCCAUUCCCUCCUGCCCUGCCUCCCCACCCCACCCCAAAAAAUAAAAUAAAAAAUCUGAGAAGUAUGUGAAGACUUCCUUCUUUGGAUGCCUUUAAGAGAUUCUCUCCCUUUCUCUCUCUGAUGAGAUCCUUUCCCAAAUACUUCUGCUUCAUUCACCCGUUAAUGCUUUUCAGUUUGCGCUCUUGGAAACAAAGAUAACAAAACCACUUUCGGUGUAUACAGAAAACGUAAUGUGUGAAUGUACCCUUUGACGGUAUUUGGUUAAGCAAGUGUAUUUUGGGCAGUUGCUUAACCAACUCUGAAUCCAGGUUUUGCCCUUGAUUUUUAAGUCUUACAAUUGUGCCAGCGCUGUCUCAGUUUUUAGAAGGUGUAUCCAAGUCCAUGCUGGUAAGAAAGCCCUGUCCUUGCAAGCAGUGCGCGGUCUUGUUUGUUUUUAGUUUUAUUUUCCAAAAGGCGGUUUUCCUUGCCUCCAGUGCUAGCGUGAAGAGGGCCUGGUUCAUUUCCCAGCGGUUGGCUCCUGCCUUUGUCUGGCUGGGCUGCAGUGCCCCCUGCCAUCCGAAACUGCCUUUCUGCGUAGGCAAGUAAUUAAGAAGCCCCGCCAGCCAUUCUCUUGAAUAGGAGAGGGAAGUUCCUUGCUGUCUGGUGCUGGAAUGCCAUGGCCCCUGCUGCUCUCUGCCUGCAAGCAACAAUUUUAACUGUGGGCUUCAGGGAUGCAGAAGGGGAAGUGCAGGGAAGAGUGCAUUAAGGGGGGCAGUUGGGUUUGUGCUCGGGUGUGGGCGGAGACAAGGCAAGACACACACACACGCAUGAAUACACACACACACACACACACACACCCCCCCUCCGUUCUCUGUGAUACACAGAGGGAGGGUGCUGUGUUGAUUUCAUGCCAGAGGCAAGGAGAAGGUCUUGGCAGAUCACUGCAGCAGCAAGCUGGGGUUUCCAGUCAACGGUGCAAAUUGCAUGGUUUUUCUUCCUGGUUUGGUUUGUGCAUAGCAGGUGUGGAGAACAUCUGGCUCCCAAGAUGUUACAGAACUGCAACUCCUACCCAGCCCAAGCAAACCUGGCCAGUGACUGGGGGUGAUGGGAGUUGUAGUUCAGCGACAUAUGGAGAGCCAAAGCUUGCCUACACGUUAUUUAUAGAAUAAAAUAACCUAUUUCAUUCAUUCAUUCAUUAUAAAAAUUUCUGUCCCCACCCCACCCCCAAAUAAGAGUGACUUGCAACAAUAGAGUAUAUGUACAAUGGGCAAUAUUCAUUGUCAGUCAUACUUUGAGUAGACCCAUUGAAAUCAGUGGACUUCAUUAACUCAGUGGGUUUACUCUGAGUCUGACUUAGUUGGGUAUUGCCCAAGAAAAUCCAAAUCUGCACAAUACAUCAGACAACCACCAAAAAAGCCCAGCAUAAUAAAAAAGCCAAAAAUAUCAAAAUCCACAAAGACAGCAAUUCAUAAAGCUCAUCAGAUAAAGUGAAGAAGCAGAGAAAGGAAGAUUGAUAUUAGGCAGACACCUUUGCUGUAUAUAUAUUUAGUUGCCUUCUGAAACCUUUUUUUUAUUUUAGCAAUCCUAACCAGACAUCUAAUUUAGUUACCUAUAUUCAUAAAAGCCUAUCUGAUUUUUAUUUCUAUUUUAAUUAUAAUUAUUUCAUGCUUACAUGUUUUCAUAGAUUUUUUUGGAUUUUAGUUAUUUGCAGUUUUAUUAUGUACACUAGCUGGGAGAGCUUGCUGAUUAUGCCAUGGUCUUUCACGAAUUAAUCAUGGGCUUGGGUGGCGAUAUGGAUUGCAUUACCCAGACUUGCGGAGAGAGGGAGAGGUGGGCCAGCGGGCCAGAUCUCCUCACAGCUGGGAGCUUGCUGUGAACAUUGGGGAGAGAGGUGUCUGCAGAGCCUGCGUUUUGCACAAGUGGUUCCAGUUUUCCAAUAGGAAACUCUUCCAGCUAUGCAACUGGGACCAUCCUCGCCAAAACGUUAAAAAGGAAGAAAACACUCCUCUGCGCUGUUGUCCUUUACCUCACUGCCACCCCCCCACAUACUGAGCCAACGUUUCCCCUUCCCCUCUCCAUAGCAAAUCAUGAAAGACCGCUGGAUGAAUGUGGGUCACGAGGACGAUGAACUGAAGCCUUACGUGGAGCCUCUGCCCGACUACAAGGAUCCCCGGCGGACAGGUGUGUCACUGAGGCGGGGCGGGUGAUUGGGUGGCCCUGCGAUGGUGACUUGCUGCUGUGCAGGAUCUUUCCGGGCAAGCGCUUGGCUAUCGUUUCCCUGCAGGGCGUACCCACAGAUUUCCCUCCCUCCCUCCAUGCAUCUUUUAAACACAGUUUUAUUUAUUUAUUCACCCUUCAAGGCGCUCUGACCGUCUCUCUCCUUUCCCUGUGUGUGCGUGCUCCCUUCCGUUGUCCUGCAGAACUCAUGAUAUCCAUGGGAUAUACCCGGGAGGAAAUCCAGGACUCCUUAGUCAGCCAGAAGUAUAACGAAGUCAUGGCUACAUAUCUGCUGCUAGGAUACAAAAAUUCAGAGGUGAGUUCCUUGUCCGUUUGUGUGCAUGUGUGGCUUCCGUUUGAGGGACUGAGCUGCAAACAUCUGGGUGUUCGCAUGUCUUCGGCGGUAGCACUUCCCCAUUGAAGCUCCAUCAGUGGAAACGCACUGGUGUGAAACUUCCAAGCGCAAAAGCACAAUUCUGAAUCUGUCCCUUUGGGUAUCUGCGGCAGAGGUUGGUGCCCCCUGGGACCGGCAGGGUGGAAGGUAGAGAGGUCAACAGGAGGUGGAGGCGGAGUCAGUGACUGGCGGAGCCGUCAAAUUCUACUUUGCCUACCAUCCUCCUCCUCCCUGCUGAGUCCCGCAAGGACAACAUCGAGACCAAGGAGGAAGAAGUCAGCAGGCAGGGACCCCACCUGGACUGGUUGUAGGUAGGAAGGCAGCCAAGAGCAGGCUGGCUGUGGGCAGGCUGAGGUUGGUGGGUGGUGCCCCAGUCGCCCUGAUAAACCAGCCUCUACUAGACGCCUGCCUUCCCUGUUGAUUGCUUAGAAUCAUAGCAUUGGAAGGGGCCCUGAGAUUCAUCUAAACCAGCCCCCUGCAAUGCAGGAAUCCUGCCCACAGCCAUCCCUGGAUGGGCUCAAACCACCAACCUUCUGGUUAACAGCCAAAAGCCCUGACCCACUGAACCACGAAGAGGCUUGUUGUUGGAGUUUAUGGCACCCUUGUCCGUUGAGGUGUGCAGACUUUCAGUGGCUUUGCAUCUGAAACCUAUAAUGUAGUGCUGUUUGUGGUACCAGUUGAACAGAAUUUAAGAGCAAGCUUAAUACCACUGGAGACCACCUGAAAUUAGAUAUAUUGUCAUGAACACACCUGAUUGGGGGAAACUCUGGCCCUCCAGAGGUUGCAGAAUUACAACUUGCCUCAGCACCAGUGAGCAUGGCCAAUGGCUAGGGCUGACGAGAAUUGUAGUUCAGCAACCUCUGGGGGGCCGGAGAUUCCCCACACCUGAUGCAGAAUGAACUGCACUAUUUCAGUCUGCAGUUGGGUGAUACCUUUUUUCAAAUGCCCCUUAAAUUUUUGCUUGCAGUGAUCUUUGUUGUUUUUUUAAAAUGUAUCACAAAGUGAGCAGGCUGGGUUAGGAUCUUUCUACUAGGGUUUGUUGUUGUUGUUUUUAGCACAGAGGAGCCUCCAAAAUACGUAUCUUUUCCUUGAGUCUGAAGUGGUAAUAAUCUGUUCUGCCACAUCAUUUGUCUGUUGAUCAGGACAGGGGGGUGGGCAGGCUGCAGUUUGGCUAGGGGAGGGGCUGCGCUUUGUAUCUCAGAAUGUUCACAAGCACACCCCAAUUUCUAUUUUCACCCUCCAGCAGCAACUGUUAAGAACUCCUAUUCUCCUCUUCCUCAGCCGAGAGGAGAGAUCAUAUAAAUAAUGUGUGUAUGUUCUUCAUCUCUGAUAUAAAUAAAUGAUUACAUGAAUGGAAUGCCUGGGUCAGAGCUUCACCCACUGAGUGAGCCUCUUCUCCCCCCGCCCUCGUGCUCCUGCCUGAUCUCUUCCAGCUUGACAACGAUAGCAUUACCCUGAAGCCACGGACCCAACCCGAACUUGCCAACAGCACCGCCCCCUCCCCAUCGCACAAGGUACAGCGCAGUGUAUCAGCCAACCCCAAGCAACGCCGCUUAAGCGACCAGGGUGAGUCAUCCCACCACCACAUUUCUUGCUCAGGGGGGGACCACAGUGAGGGUUCCCUGCCAUUACAGUGGAACCUCUGUUUUCAAACGUAAUCGGUUCCGGAAGAACGUUUGAAUUCCGAAAUGUUCGAAAACUCAAAACAGAAGCCUCAAAACGGAAAAAUCAAUACGGAAGCCGCCUCAGAAGUUCAUCUUCUGAGGCACGUUCGAAAACGGAAGCAGCUACUUCUGGGUUUUCGGCGUUCGAGUUCCGAAACGUUCGUCAGCAGAGAUGUUCGAAACCUGACGUUCCACUGUAUUACAAUUAUUACGACUGCUACUUCUACUACUACUGUUACUACUCUGCUCAUCUGACUGGGUCUGCCUCUUCAACAAGGAGGCAUAAUUUUUUUUAUGUGAGAUGGGGAAUGUGCAUCCGUACGGGCUAUUUUGCAACAUUCACCAGGCACUGUGGGGACUAAGAUUCCUAGAUCCAGCAAGGAGAGCUGGAAAACUAAACUGGGAUGUUUGUGUGUGUGUUUUUAAUUACACGGUUAUAUUUUCCCUCCUGCUUUAUGUAGCUCAUGACUGCAGCCAUGUAGGUUAUUUAAAACUCCUGACGGUUUUUAAUCUCCCUCUCCCCGCAUUGGGGUGCAGGGAAUUUUCCAGUUGCUCAUUGACUCCUUAGAAGAGAGAGUCCUUCCUUCCUUCCUUCCUUCCUUCCUUCCUUCCUUCCUUCCUUCCACACUUGUGAAACAGGGUGCUGCCCAGAAAGCACAAGCUUCCCCUUGCUGGGUAUCGCUUCCCCAAACCAGACCUCACCACACUGACUCUUCUUCUCUCUUCUCCCCCCACUCCCUGGCCCUCUCUUCUUCCCACCACAGUACCCACCAUCCCAACAUCCUCCUCGUACUCCAAGAAAACACAGGCAGCCAACGCAGAGAACAAGCGGCCCGAAGAGGAGCGGGAGGCUGGGCGCAACAAGGCCAGCAGCACGGUCAAAGUGCCUGCCAGCCCUCUGCCCAGCCUCGAGAGGAAGAAGAGCACCCCCACACCUUCCACAGUUAGUCCUUUCUUGCUCUGGGGCGGGGGUGAAGGGAACCAGGGCAUGAUUCUGAGAGUUUAGAGGAGGAGUUUGAGGACUGGAAGACCGCAAAAAAGAGGGGGUGCAGAAUUAAAGUUUGGGGAAAGUACAGCAUGUCUGGGCAGAACCAGGAAUGACUCCUGGUCUGAAACCCUGGAGAAUUGUAGAAAAUACUGAGCUAGAUGGACCUCAGUAGGUCAUUCUCAGUAUAAGGCGGCCUCCUGUUUUGGGGGAAGGGCCAAAGCUCAGUGGUAGAACAUAUGUACUGCAUGCAGAAGGUCCCAGGUUCAAUCCCUGGUAUCUCCAGGUAGGCUUGGGAAAGAUCCCCUGCCUCCCUUGCAGCCUCUUGAGAGCUGCUGACAGGGUAGACAAUAUAUUGAGCUAGAUCAUUCUUUUCCAAACUUGGAUCUCCAGCUGCUUUUGGACUACAAUUCCUAUAAUCCCUGACCACUGGUCCUGCUAGGUAGGGAUGACGGGAAUUGUAGUCCAAAAACAGCUAGAGACCCACAUUUGGGAAACACUGAGCUUGAUGGACCCCUACGCGCCUCUCUGUGUAAGGCAGAUUCCUCCAUCCCUAUGUUAUGACUCUGGGAGGCCUGGGUGCUGACUCAGGUAGCCUAGCUCAGGUAGUCUCUGCAGAAGCAGCAGGCUGGAGCCACUUAACUCCCUUUCUCUUUCUCUGAAGUGUGGGCAGUGAAGGGCUCGUGCUCACUCGGUGUCUCUACCCCUCUGCAGAACAGCGUCCUCUCAACCAGCACAAACCGGAGCCGCAACUCCCCCAUGCUGGACCGGGCCAGUUUGGGCCAGAACUCCAUCCAGAACGGCAAAGAUAGGUAAGGACCUGGAGCCCAGGCCAGCUUGGUUAUGUUGCUUUCUAGAUGCUGACAUAAAGAUGCACUAGGAAGAGGGGAGGAACAGAAAACUUCAGUAGUAGAGAGGUGUCCAGCUGUUUUGGGGCAGCUUUGCAGGUGGCUCCACAGGACUGUUUUGUGUAUGGGUCACAGAGCCAGGCUACCUAUGAGGCACUGUGAGGCGACCACCUCAGGCAACAGGGCCCACCAAGGCUGCAGAUCCUGGUGCUGAUAUUCCCCGACCCCUGGUGGGGAGCAGGGCACCAUUUUGAGGUCCAUCUCAGGUGCCAAAAUGUCUUGGGCCAGCCCUGAUGGGUCAUGCAUUUCUUAAUGUGGGGUGUGGAGAGAGAGAGCCAUCCCUGGAAUGUACCAUUAGAGAUUGCAAGAUGGUGGCCGAGGCAUGUGUUUGAAUCCUCAAGGGUAGAAAUUCCUGCACUGAGAAAGCCAACAUAUCAAGAGGCAACAGUCAGCCAAAAGCCUUCUCCUUGGCUUGACAACUUUUUUGUCUGCAGGCACCUUUGUAAUGCAAAGGAGGCAAGUGAUUGCAUCCACCAGCAGUCUGUAAUAGGGGCAAUCCUAAAAUUGGAGAGGUCAUUGUGAGGCCAUCCAGCGCAGUGCUGGAAAUCAACAGCUGACUAUGCAGCCUCAGCUGGAAGGUCAGACCUGCCUUGUCAGUUCUCUGUUCAGCUGGGCAAAGCCACAGUUGCUGCCUGGCUGGACUGCAUGAUUGAAAGCCACCAAACAGACCUGCACACGCGUGCAUGAACCUUUGCCUCUGGUUCCCUUAUUUCCCCUCCCAAGUCACGGAUGGAGAUCCUAUGGCCUCUCAGAUGUUGCCGGACUCCAGCUCCCACCGUCUCUGACCAUUGCCUGUGCUGCCUGGGGCUGAUGGGAGUUGGAGUCCAACAACACCUGGAGGGCCACAGAUUCCCCAUCCCUGCUCUAAUCCUGUGUGGUUUUAAGAAUAUUAGGAAUGCACUGCAUACUUAAAACUGAUUUUAACAGUAGUUCCUGGGACAGAGGAAGCAGUGCUCACGUUUCAAAGAGUUCUCCCCAGCUGUACCAAGCUGUGGUUCCCUGGGUUUCUGUGGGGCAGCCAUUGCAUUUACACAGACUCAGAGGCGGUGGGUCCAAACCUGCCUGGGUUCGGGUGCCUUCUCUGUCAGUGGUCCAUUCUCUUCUCCUCUGCUCCCCAAACACAGUCCUCAAAGAACGGAGCUGCAUCCUGGUUGCAGCAAGGUGGGAUUACGAGCUAGUUUGGAAUACUUCAGAAGUGUUGAAAGAUGAUUUGUAGCAUUGUUCUGCCAAUUGAUUGAGAGAGGGGAGAUGGCUGUGGGUAUUGCUGGGCGGGCGGGCGGGCGGGGCGCUUCUGUUCUUUCCUUCUGUCUGGUUCAGCAGCAGCGGCAGCAGUCUGAGCCACGUGUCCUGGAUCUGGAGCAACAGUGUUCACCCCCCGGCCCGUAGUUCGCCCUGCCAAAUGGAAACUGGUCUUCCUCUCUAGGGUCCCUUCGUCAACCAAGCAAUCUGCUCCCUGCAGAGUUCUCCUUUCUCUGCCCCACCUUCUCCCCAGAGAAUUCUGCAGCAUUGGAGGAGCAUCUCCUCCUAUGAGCUGUCUCGCACCCCACUCCCCCACUGGCAGCCUGAAGUGGUGGAGCUCAAACACAGCUUGAGCCACUUCAGAGAGAACUAGGCAAGUAUUAGACCUUCCCCACAACAUAGCCUUUUUAAAAGAGCCGGAUGCAUCUUGGAACUGUGGACCCUCUGCAGUUAAGGCCAGUCCGGUGCGUGUUGAUCCCACCACCACCCUUGGGUCAGCACACCGCCGGGUCUUAGGCUACUAGCUACUAGCCUGCAGGGUUUAUUUCAUCAGCUUCUGAAGAGGCUGCUAGCCUGUGUUUCCACGCUGGCCGUGGAGGAGAGGAAGCCCCACCCACCCAAGGGGACCGACUGGAAGAAUGGAGGAACCCAUUUUUUUCUGCCAACCAGCUCACUCGCCUGGACGGGAUCCUGGUCGCCUGUCUCUACCAAAAGAGUUGCUAAAUCCACAGCUGGUCUUAAGCUCUCCCCACUUUUCCUACUUCCAAUACGGCUCAGAAGAAGCAGCCCUGCUUGACCUCUUCAUUUCUCAUCCAUUAUGGACACGCACAUAACAUAACAUGCAUAGUUACAUACAAGCAAAACCCGUUUUCUUUUUGCUUGAGAACAUUGGCUCUCUCUUUUUAGGGUCUAACUGCCAUGGUGUCCCGUCCCCCACCCGACCCCAGCACGAUUCCCUCCACAUCCAUUCCCACUCUUGCAUCAAGGUUGUUCCUGACACAUAUACACAUAUACCGGGUUGUAUAUUGUAUAUUUGCUCUUCCUCCCCUUCCUCGGGACAUCCAUGUACCUAGUAGUGGCUGUAUCCAUGGUGAGAAAGGGAUGGGUUGGGGAGGGGGAGAUCCAGGGCCUUCUUCCUUCAGCUGAAAUGAUUAGAAGCAGCUCUGUUUCAUCGAGCAAGGGCAAGCACGUGGAUGUGGUCUGAGCUGCCAAACAGACAGAUUGAUUAUUUGACAGCACGUGCCGUAUCCAAAGCUGAAGGUGGAGGAGCCGCUGCCUUUCCUCCCCCCACCCUACAAUCCUGCAAUGAGGCCCCAGCUGCAGCAUGGCCCUACCGGGGUGAGUCGGGGCCUUUGGAGAAUAAGGGGGCCCUUCCCCCUGUCUUGCACAAAGCAUUAGGGUCAAGCAAGGGAACAGCAUCAGAGACAGACACAUGCAAGGAAAGGAAAGGUUUGCUGCAAGGCCCUUGAGUGGCCCCUCCUGCCUGGGAGGAAAAUGACUGUCAGAGAGACAGCCGGGUGGGAGACAAGAGCCCCUGGUGCCUCCUCUGGCUGGGCUUCCAUUUUGCUUUUUUGUUUUAGCCUGUUUUGUUAUAAAAGGGUUCUUUUUAAUAAACGUGCAUUGGUUCCGUUUUGCAAAUGCCCUAAAUCGCUUUAAGGACUCCAGUCAAAAAGCGGGAUAUAAAUCCAGUCAUUCGACAAACGUGGCUGUUGAUGAAAGAAUGCAGAUCAGUUAGCGAGAGGAGUUCUGCGUUUCCAUGCCCGUUGGGUGGGAAUAAGGGGGAAUAAUCAGUGCAUUGCUACUUUGGCAGUCUGUUCAGAGCCCACCCACCCCCAUCUUGUGCACAGUCCCAAGUACCUUUCCUUGUAACAUGACUUUUUUUUUACUAUUCCUGGGGGCUUGGGAAUAAAUCCACCCGAGACUCAUAGAACGAGGAACUCUCCUUGAAACGGUGCAAACGAGAUGUUGGGCGCAGUGGGUAGGGUGGCACCUCCCUGCUAGACUGGGAGUCUGUUUGGGUCAGCUACGGAUACAGCCAGCCGCCUUCCCUGAUUUUUCCCUCCACCCUCCACCCCAUCCCUCCUUUUUUAAACAUCUGCUUCUCCCCUGCUUGUGUUUUCUUUCCUCCCCUCACCCCCCUAGCCUAACCACUCCAGGCUCCAGGGCUUCUACCGCUUCAGCUUCCGCCGCCGUGAGCUCUGCGCGCCCGCGACAGCACCAGAAAUCCAUGUCUGCCUCGGUGCACCCCUCCAAGCCCGCGCUGCCCCCCUCCGACAAUAACUGUGAGGCGCAGCGACCCAGGCAAGUGGGCAGCUCUGCAUGCCUUGUGUCCUCCGUCCCCUGCCCACCCCUAGGGCUCUCCAACAUUUUUGUGUCUUCCGCCUGCUCCGCACCCUGGAGCCAUGUCUCUCUUUUUGCCCUUCCCCAGUGCGCUCGCUCAGGGCCUGGAGGUAAGUAGAGGGGGACAGCCAAAUGUUUUGGGGUUGGAAGGAUUGUGGUGCCUUGGAGGGCAACUUGGUGCCCUGCAGCUGUUUUUUGGACAAGCUGGCUUGUAGGAUGUGACAGGAAUAUUCUCCCGCCACCACCACAAAACCAAGGAGGCACAGCACUAAUGCAGGGGGAACAGGGCUGCCUGGUAGAAAGUAGAACAGGCAUCCUUUCCAACUUCAGGUAAUGGCAGGUUGGAUGGCUUGAAAGGAGUCUGAGAACGAGAUCAGAAGCCUCCAGUUAGUUGCCUGUCCUCUCCAGGCAGAAAAAGGACAAUUGGAGCCUUCUGAACCCUUCCCCUUCUUUUUUUAUUCAGCUCUGUUUGUCUCUACUUCACCAGCUGGGGUUCAGGCAAGCGGCUCUUUAACCUCAUCUCCAGGGUCAACAGCAACAGCAGAAGCUAUUAGCAAGUAUCCUCUCCUGGAGACUCAUUCCUGUCAGCUUGUUAUUGUUGUGCCCCUCCUGCCAGUGCAAAAGGCUAGUCUUCACACUGAGGACUAGGGGCUUUGGAAAUCUUUUCCCUUUAUCCAAGCUGGUGCAGGAGUGAGCAGCGGAAGGAGCUGAGAUUUGAAGCGGCCAGAAAUGGCAAAGGGGGCGGGGCUUCUGCACCUUUCACAAUUGUGUAGAAGAGGGGAUUUCAGCAGGUGAGGUUUAAUUAAAGGUGUAGGGGCCCCAUCCUCCUCCCCCCCACCUGGUGCCCUUACUUGAAAUUGCAGGCCCUUCAGCCCGUGCUCAGUUCAAAAUAUGGGUUGUUCAUUCAUUUAUUUUUAAGCGUUGGCUGCCAACGAGGUAUUUGCUGUUGGGUUUAAGCAACCACAGCCUUCUGCAGUCUUAAACUAGGCUGCAAACCCAUUUUAACAGGCUCACCAUUUUUCAAGAACUCCUGCGAUUUCAGGAGCACCUCUUCAUAUAAUCUCAGCUGUGCGGUUCUUUGUAGAACUCCCCUUGUGUUUCCUCCCACCCCCACAAGCAGAACACCACCUCCCAGAAUCCUCUGGGGCGCAAAGGCCAUAACCCUUGAAAGUGGCUUGCCCCAAAGACUUUUCCUGUUCAGCCCAGGCAGAGGAGUGUUCCUGGAUGGCGAGCAAGUGGGGUCGCUGACUGUCGUCUUCUCUGCUCUUCCCCCUCCCCUCCCCAUAGCACUGCACCCCAGAGGGUCCCCGUCGCCUCUCCCUCGGCCCACAACAUCAGCAGUGCCCUCCCGGAGCGCACCAACUUCCCGCGGGGCGUCUCCAGCCGCAGCACUUUCCAUGCCGGGCAGCUCCGGCAGGUCCGGGACCAGCAGAACCUCCCCUACGGCCUCACGCCCGCGUCGCCCUCCGGGAACAGCCAAGGCAGGAGGGGGGCCUCAGGGAGCAUCUUCAGCAAGUUCACCUCCAAGUUCGUGCGCAGGUGAGCAGGGAAGUGGGCAGGGGUGGGAGGAAGAGGAGCCGUCCUCCUUUUUUAGCCCUUUCCAAAUCCGUAGCUGGUAUUCUCUGCCGAUUGGAAACAACUCCAGGAUUGCUUGAGACACGUGCUUUGGGGGUUCAGUUUGGGGGUGAGAGUUGAAUGCAAGCCAUCCUCCCCCGCUCCCCCAGGGCGCAGCAUGAAGGCUCACUACCUUGUGUGUGUGUGUAUAUAUGUGUGUUGUGCACAGCCAGGCCCACCCUCAUAAGUACCCCUCUUCCCCACCCCACACCAAGGAUGUCCUUGUGACCCCAGCCGCCUCCUCUUCGUCUUGCAUCUCUCCUCCCUGCCCCCACCGUAUUGCUGCACAGAACCAGCGCAGGGGCAGGAGUGUCAGCUGCCUUCCUUGGCCGGAUCCUUUCCAAACUGUGCUUGGAAGGGGUUGGAGAGGACUAGCCUCCUAAUUAAGCUUGGGGCAGCCCUUUUUUUCCUGUAGCAUUCAACCAAGAGGGGUGUGGGUGUGUUUGCAUGUGUUUAUAUGUGUGCAUGUAGGGGUGGAGAACCCCUUUCCUGCCUUUCAGCUCCCUCCUGGUAUUGGAGCAGUGAGCAGCAGAGAAGAGGCCCCUCUCAAAGGACGUCUACAGACAAAUGGGCUCAGGCACAAGGGAGUGCACCUGGACCAGGGAUGAUUGGGGAGAACCAUGGCUCAUUUAGACAGUGGCUGCAUUGCAUGCAGAAGGUCUCAGGUUUGAUCCCCAGUUUCCAGUAGGUCUGGGAGUUGUCCCCUGUUGGAAACCUGAAGAGGCACUUCCGGCCAGCAGAGACAAGGUUUGGGGGAGCCUUUGACCUUUCAGGUGUUGCUGAACUUCAGCUCCCAUCGUCCUUUGCUCAUUAGCCAUUCUUCUUGGGGCUGCUGGGAGUUGUAGUUCAGCAACAUGGGGGGGGGGCAAAGGCUCCUCACACCUGUUGUAGGUGAUACAGCGCUAGGUGGAUCAAUAGCCUGACUUGCUCCAUGGCAACUUCCUGUGCUUCCCUGACGUGUUAAGACCAAUCAGGAGGUGCCACAUUGGAGAGAGGCAUUCUGGGAAUGGAGAUCAGAAGAGCGGGCUGAAGGUCACCUUCCUCCUGGCAACUGCAGAGCUCAAGGCCAUGGAGGAACCACCUUGCGCUCUCCCCAAGAGCAUGCGCAUGCUGCCUUAUGCGCUCCUCCCCGGGAAUUCCCAUUUCUGCUUGCAGCUCAGAAAAAGAGACCAGCAGAGUCUCAGCUGAGCCGCAGAGCAAGCCAGGCCUGCCUCCCACACCCUCCGAUGGCACUCCAGACACUGCUUCUGUUGUGGUUCCUGCAGUGACCUAGGGUGCUGCGAAGGCCGCAAAGCUGAGGGUGGGUGGGGGCCGCCUCACCUGCAGCCCAGCCAUCCCAGGGGUGGGGGGUGGACAAGGAUUUAGCAGAGCAGCCCAGGGGGUGAGGGUGGCAACCAAGCUCAUUUCCAGGGUUCUCCGAUGCUUCUCCAUCCCCUUCCAAGCGACAGGAUGGAGGAGAUGCCUUCUGGACCCUGUCAGUACCAGCUGCCUUCUCUGGUGAGGAUCCAGCCAGGGAGGUUUGCAGCUAGGGUCUGCUCGAACCCGUCCCUCAAGGCAGCUUUUUUGUGGUGUGUGUAUAUGUGUGUGUGAAUAUGUCUCAAAAUGGCUUCUCUCUUUCCCGUACAGCCCUGAGAGGGGAUGGGCUGUGAGAUGGGGCACAGUUUCCUGGCAAAGCCUUUUGUCUCAAUUGGCGGGAGGGGGUGUUUUAUGGUGCAUGACGGGGGAGCCAUUCUGUACAGCCCAGUGCCUCCUGCCCCCAACCCCUUUCCCUCUUUGCUGUAAGUGUUUAACCUGCCCCUCCAUAGCACCCCCAGCUUCUGUUCCCAGCUUUGUGGGGAGAGUUAGGCUGUGGCAGGACUGGGGACGAGGGGGGCAGCCAAGUGCCUCUGGGGUCCUGGCCUCCCUCCCUCCCCCUCUGUAAAGUUCCAGCACCAAUGGGAGGGGGGCAGUGGGAGCCCCAGCUCAGCCCUCCUCCCUCUGGCCUGUCUCUGUUUGAAGCAAGGAGGCUCUUCAGAUUCCCAAGUUUGCAGGGAGGAGGGAGCUAAGGUCGAGGAGGGUUGUGAGGCGGCGGGGUUGUGGGGGCCUUGCUGUGACACCCACCGCCAAUUACUAUUUUAGGGAGGGAGGUUGGGGCGCCCCGGCCUGCUCCCGCGCGGCUGGCACUCCUGUCACUCGGUCAUUUGCGCACUCGCUCACCCACCCACCCACCGUUUCCCCUCCUUUUUUUUCCUUUUAGAAAUCUGUCUUUCAGGUUUGCCAGAAGGUAGGCGUUCAUCACUCUGGUUUUGUUCUGUCCUCCUCCUCCUCCUCCUGUGCAGUACUAACCUCCUCCCUGCCGGCUUCUUCCUCUCCUCUCCCCGCCCCCCCCUUCUGUGCCUUCUGGCUGCUAAUGGUGUCUGUGUGCGCGUGUGUCUGUGUGUGUGUGCACAGAGCAUGCUUAAAGGGACGGGGGGGGGCUUGUUAACUCCCUGCCUCUGGGAUGUGGGGUGGAGAAAGACCCCCAUUGGCUGUGGCCUGCCUCUCAGCCGCCUGCAAAUGAGCUGGCCUGGGACUCGGUGGGGAGGAGGGUGGGCAGGGGAAGCCGCAGAGGUUGCUUGCUCACCCGGUGCUGGGCCUCCUCCUCCUCCACUUGGGCAUGCUGUCUCUUUAAAGGUGCCUGCCAUCUUCCUUGGUCCCCCAGGCUGGGCCUCUGAUCUUUAACCGAAACCCUUCUUCCCCCCCCCCCCCCGCCUUUCUCUUUCACACACGCCCACUCCCCCCAACCCAACUAAUCCCCUUUCUCCCUGCAUGGUGGUGGUUAGGAGGCGCUGGGCUGUCACUGUGCCUCUAUUGCUUGCAGCUGCCUUGAGGGUUCAGGGCGGACAUGUGGGGAGAUGGUUGCCUCGGAAUCUUCAUGGCCCCAAAGAGCAGAUAUUAUUAUCCUGUGGCAGGUUUUGAGCACAAUCUGAAAGAUACUAGCAGUUGAUGUGUUGGGGGUUGGCUUCCUUUCUCUCCCCCCCCCCCCCGGUUGCAGUAGGUAGCCUUUUUAUCUUGUUCUUUUUUAGAAAGGGGGAGGUUGCUAAUCCACAUGGGAACAAAAAUGCAGGAAGUGUCAGCAGGUUCCACUUUGAAAGACUGUGGGUUUUUGCUUGUUUCUUGGGACAUCCCAGGGCACAGGGCAGGAUAUGAAUCCUACAUACCUUUUUGGUUCUGGAGUGUUCCAAAAACCCUGGCCUUCCUCAUUCAGUCUACUUCACCUUUUUUAUUGUUUCAAGUUAUGCUGAACAUCUAACAGAUUUCUCUCUUUGUGGGGUCAGGAAGGAACGUUUUCUCCUGGGUAAAAUUGACUAAAAGUGGGGGUUGAGGGGGGCUUUCUCCCCCUCUACUCAUGAACAGCAAGUGCUUUAAAACCUUAGCAUUGUGGAGCUACUUGCCAUAAAAUGGAUGACCAGGGAUGGGGAGGAGAACAGAGGGGUUGUGCUAGAAAUGACCUCGUCCCAGCUCUCUGAUCCCGUGGACCAUAAAAGGCAGCUGCAGCUGCUGUAUUAAAGGCUUGUGGGUGUGGGUGUGAAGGUUUCUCCAUUGUUUGAUUCCCCCCAUCCUCCGCCCCUACCCCACCUCCUGCCUGGUGAUGGUGGAUGAGCAGAGAAGGAAGCACACUGGUGAUCAGGAAGCAAGUUGCUUGCUUGCCCCCUCUCUCAUCUGAGCUGGCAUGAGGGAGCUCCAUUGGCUGUUGCAAGUCACAUGGCUUAAUGAUGGAUGGAUGUGGCUGGAAUAUUUAAGGAUAACAAGGAGUGGGGGGCCUGUGGCACUCCAGGUGUUAAUAGCUGCUUGCUCCCGCCUUCCCCAGCCAGCAUGGCCAGUGGUCAGGCGUGGAGGGACUUGUAGUAGUUCCACAAAAUCUGGAAGGCCAAAGAUUAGACACACACUGCCCCUGGUGUAUAUGGCUCUUUAUCCCCCAGAAAGGGGUACCCAGAAUGGCAAAGCAGUAAAUAUCAGCAAUACCCAAAAACAAAACAAAGAAAGAAAGAAAGAGACAGAGCUUAAAAUGUCUGCUUAAACAGACAUUUUAAAAGGCCAGCAUCACUUGGCCUCAACACAGUUUAAAAGGCCAGCAUCACUUGGCCUCAACGCCAGGAAGAGCUUUGAGGAGUUGCUUUAAAAAAUAAAUCCAGAAGUGGUGCUUUGUAUAACCAAAACCAAAUUAAAAGGGUGCAUGCUACUAAACGUUCGGAGGCUGAAUCCAGUGAAGCAGCAGCUUUGAUAAAAUUGGCUCUCAAUGUCACAAAGCCAUUCUCCCAGGACAGCCCAUUGGGCUGCUUAAAAACCUGAUGGAAACCAAAGUGUUUUUAGUUUGCCAUCUCGAGACUCGUAAGUGGAUUCCGCAAACUGUGAAGCCACCGUGGCAAGGGUUGUGCUCUUCCUUUUCUUUUGCAUGGUGGUGCCAUCAGCACGCUCUCCUCAUUUACUGGUCUCAGUGGGCAGGUGGGUUAUGAUGCAAAUUUCUAUGAAGCGGGUCCAGAGUUGGGCAUAGUGUAUUUUUAGGCUUGGGGAGUGGUGCUCAGAUGAGAGGGGAAGCACCUCCCAAGUCAUUUACUUUAUAUUGUAAUAAUGUCUAGAAUUCCUAGAGCAUGAUUUAAUACUAUUUAGCAUUGAGGGCCACAGGGGAAGGACUGUAGUUCCGUAGUAGAGCAUCUGCCUUGCAUGCAGAAAGUCCCAGGUUCAAUCUCUAGCAACAUCUCCAGGUAGGGUCGGGAGAGACUCCCUGCCUGAAACUCUGAAGAGCUGCUGCCAGUCAGUGUAGACUGUACUGGGCUAGAUGGACCAGUGGUAUGACUCCGUAUAAGGCAGCUUCCUAUAUACUGAUUUUCGAGCGUUAAUGUGUGCAUCCUCUUCGUGGCCCUUGCAGCAACCCUUUAAGGUAGGCUAGUGGUGGUAUUGCAGGUGGAGGCCGAGAGAGAUCAUGGCUCAUUUUGCAAGUUUGUGGCAGAGGUAUGCUUUGAGCUGGUGAUCACAGCGCAGCCUCUUCCCCUGCCACUCCAGCUCCUCUUCUCUUCCCUUGCCUGGCUGUGGCUUCUGCUUGUGCCGAGGGACCAGGGAGAGAGGUGCCGCUGCGCAUCCCACACCUGCAACCAGCCAGCCCAGACGCCCUCCUCCUCACCACCAUGUUGACAAAACGCACUUCCCAGCAUGCCGCGCAGAGUGUUGCAUGCCGGGAGCCUGUGGGCUUGGCAUCAGCCCUCAUGACGCCCUCCCCAGCCCCUUCCGUGCCUUGAGUUGCCCCCCGCCCUGCCACACCUGCCAGAGGUGCACACUCGUCCCCCUGCCCCCUGGGAGAAAAGGAGAGCAGGUCUAGGAGCUGCUGACUGGAGGGUGCCUGAUACCUUGUUCUCCUGCUCUGUUUUUUGAGGAACCUGCAUGAGCCCGAAAGCAAAGACCGUGUGGAGACGCUCAGGUGAGAUGCAGCCAGUGUCACGGGGCCUCCUCCAGCCUUUGGGGGAAGCCUUUGCUCCACUCUGUCUGUUUCUCCAGCAGGGCCAGGCUGCUCCCUGGCACCUCCUCUCCGUCUCCUCCAUGUGCCUGUCUCUCUCUUCUGUUGCUCCCAAACUACUACUUAGCGUCUCUGUGUGUGCGUGUGUGUGUGUGUGUCUCUCUCUCUCCCCUCUCUAGCUCUCGGUUGCCGACCAAGCUUGGCUUCUGGGGGCAGCCGAAGGGGCCGAGUGGGGAGGGCGCCCUUCUCCGCUCACUGUCUCGCUCUCCCCUCUCAGGCCUCACAUGGUGGGCAGCAGCGGCGACAAGGAGCGGGACGAGAACCGGGAGGCCAAGCCGCGCUCGCUGCGCUUCACCUGGAGCAUGAAGACGACGAGCUCCAUGGAGCCCAACGAGAUGAUGAAGGAGAUCCGGAAAGUGCUGGACGCUAACAACUGCCAGUGCGAGCUGCAGGAGAAGUACAUGCUUCUGUGCAUGCACGGAGCGCCGGGCCACGAGGCCUUUGUCCAGUGGGAGAUGGAGGUGUGCAAGCUCCCCCGCCUCUCCCUCAACGGUGUCCGCUUCAAGCGGAUAUCGGGCACCUCCAUGGCCUUCAAGAACAUUGCCUCAAAAAUCGCCAACGAACUGAAGCUUUAA